AUGUCAACACAGGCGCCGACAUUCACGCAGCCGCUGCAGAGCGUUGUGGCACUUGAGGGUAGUGCCGCAACGUUCGAGGCUCAAGUUAGUGGUUCUCCAGUUCCUGAGGUGAGCUGGUUCCGUGAUGGCCAGGUUCUUUCUGCUGCCGCUCUGCCCGGCGCUCAGAUCUCGUUCAGCGACGGCCGCGCUGUUCUGAGGAUCCCUGCUGUGACCGCCGCACACAGCGGACGAUUUUCCGUCAGAGCCACCAAUGGCGCUGGACAAGCCACUAGCACUGCUGAACUCCUGGUUACAGCGGAGACGGCGCCCCCUAACUUCCUCCAGAGGCUUCAGAGCCUGACGGUACGACAGGGAAGCCAAGUGAGACUGGAUGUUCGCGUGACAGGAAUCCCUACACCUGUGGUGAAGUUCUACAGAGAGGGAGCUGAGAUCCAGAGCUCCGCCGACUUUAGGAUCAUUCAGGAAGGAGACCUUUACAGUCUGUUGAUCGCCGAAGCCUUCCCAGAGGAUUCUGGGACGUACUCUGUAAACGCUACCAACAGCAGCGGACGGGCGACCUCCACUGCUGAGCUGCUGGUUCAGGGUGUUGAAGCAGUUCCAGCUAAGAAAUCCAAGACUAUUGUGUCCACAUCUCAGAUGGCGACUUCCCAGACCCGAGUGGAGAAGAGGGUGGAGACCAGCUUCCAGGCAGCCACCAUGAUGGAGAUGCAUGUGGAGGGCAGUGUGAUGACUCAGCAUUUGGCUCAUAAAACGCCGCCGCGAGUUCCCCCCAAACCCACGUCCAAGUCCCCCCCCUCACUGCUGUCCAAGGUGACCGGAGGCCGCCAGCAGUCGCCCUCACCUGUCCGACACGUGAAGGCACCCACGCCCACACCUGUCAGACCUGUGUCUCCUUCCACCAGACUGUCAGUUUCUCCCAUCAGACCGGUCAAGUCUCCCAUCAUGACCAGGAAACAGGUCUCUGCCUCUCCGGAGGUUCUGCCGCCCUGGAAGCAGGGAGACUACAUGGCCGAGGCCAGUUAUACCAGUAUGACUAGUACGGCCACCCAGCUGCACAUGGAGCGGCACUGGGAGCAGCAGGUCACCGCCACCAGAGAGGACGAGCAUGUUUCCCAGGGCGAUAAGAGCGUGGCGGUGGCCACCGUGGUGGCGGCGGUGGAUCAGGCUCGCAGCCGAGACGUUUCCUCUGCUGUAAAGAGACACUCAGAGACACACACGACUGUCCUGCACGCAGAAACAUCCUCAUCUCUGCACAGACAAGCAGCUGCUGCCCCACCCGCAGAGCUGGCCCCGCCACACAGUGCGGUCCCACAGAGGAAAACAGACACACCUCACUCUGAGGGGCACAGAUUCAUUAGUCUGGACUCCUCAGGGCCUCCUCCGCUGCAGACCUCAGACGAGCUGCAGGCUGAGGGAGGGAAAAAAGCCGAGGCAGUGGCCACAGUGGUGGCCGCUGUCGACCUCGCUCGCGUCCGUCAGCCCGUACAUGUGGAGGGUGGCCGGGCUGAAGAGGAAGUUGUAGAGGUGGAGUUCAGGCAGCAGGCCGCCGCGGCUGCUGAGAAACAUGUUGCAAAGAAAACACUUCUGGUUCAAACGGCCGAGGUCGAUUCGGCCGCAGAGCAGCGCACGGUCCAGGUCUCCCAGAUACAGAGAACUACAGAAACCUCCACCUCCACCCAUGUGGACACUGGUGCUGCCCCGCAUCCAGUCCCACAUUUCACAGUUUCUAAAGUUUCUGUCCCUAAGCCUGAUCCUGCCUACGAGGUGACCCGGGCGGGCUCUGCCAUCGCCACGCUGCACAAAGAGUUAUCCUCUCCCUCUGCCGCUAGAAAGAUCAUCAAGCCGGUCAAGUCUCCCAGUCCCUCUCGUAAAGUUAUGGAGACAAGAGUGACGCCCGAGCCCCUCCCUCCUCCCUUUAGAGACCCCAGGUUUCAGACGUGCUAUGACAGUCAGUUACAGGCAGGGGGCGCAUACGCAGUGAGUGAGGAGGAGUUUGAGGACUGGGAGCCUCAGGAGGCGGCCACGGUGCCAACGCCGGCUCAGGAGCCCGUCGUCCCUCCAACCCUCAUUGCUGGCUUGAAGAACACGAACGUGACGGAGGGCGAGUCUGUGACGCUGGAGUGCCAGAUCAGCGGCCACCCGACCCCCGUCAUUAUGUGGUUCAGAGAGGACUACAAGAUCGAGAGCUCCAUCGACUUCCAGAUCAGCUACGAGAACGGAUUCGCCCGCCUGGUGAUCCGCGAGGCCUUUGCUGAAGACAGCGGCCGCUUCACCUGCACCGCCACCAGCGAGGCGGGAACUGUCAGCACAUCCUGCUUCCUGCUCGUCAAAGUAUCAGAAGAAAUUGAGAGCAGAGAAGAAACUACGACAAUAACCGAAGUUGGAAUUGCACAGAAAACUGUUGCUGUAGAGACAAAGGAGCAGAUUGUGGCAGAGGUAACCACUGGAGAGGCCGCUGCCCCCUUCUUCAUCAGGAAGCCCAGCGUCCAGAAGCUGGUGGAGGGAGGAAGUGUCGUCUUUGACUGCCAGAUCGGAGGAAGCCCCAAACCUCACAUCAUCUGGAAGAAGAGUGGCGUGCCCCUCACUACUGGAUACAGAUAUAAAGUUGCCUACAAGAAGGAGACUGGAGAAUGCAGGUUGGAGAUCUCCAUGACCUUCGCUGAUGAUGCUGGAGAAUACUCCAUCUUUGCCAAGAACCCACAAGGAGAAGCCUCAGCUUCCACCAGUCUGCUGGAAGAAGAGGAAUAUGAAGCGUACAUGAAGCAGCAUGACAUGACAUAUAAAACUGAAGUGACAACGACGGUGGUGCAGGAGCCCACUGUGGUCGUGAGUCAGUACGAGCUGGAACAGAGGAGGGUGACAACCCCCAUGAGUUAUUUUUCCGCAACGGAGUUCCACAUCUCAGCCUUUGAAGAGAGGAUCAUCCAGGAGAUUGAGCUCCGUAUCAUGAGGAUUACCUACAGAGAGAUAGUGACAGAGGAUGGAGAAUUGAUGGUGACUGCAGCAGAGCACGAGGUCGUGCAGCCAGCCUUCGAUACUCCAGUCAAAAACUACAGGAUCAUGGAGGGAAUGGGCGUCACUUUCCACUGUAAGAUGUCUGGAACCCCACUGCCAAAGAUUGCAUGGUACAAAGAUGGCACCCGCAUCAGACACGGUGGCCGCUACCAGAUGGAGGUUCUUCAGGAUGGUAGAGCCAGCCUGCGUCUGCCUGUGGUGCUGCCAGAGGACGAGGGAGUUUACACAGCCUUCGCCUGCAACAUGAAGGGAAACUCUGUCAGCUCUGGGAAGCUCUACGUGGAGCCUUCAGGAGCAGGACGACCCGAGACAUACACACCUCAGCCAGCGAUGCAGAGAAUCAGGUCCACAUCUCCUCGUUCUCUGAGCCGCUCACCCGGCCGUUCCUCCAGCCGCUCGCCCGGAAUCUCUCCUGCUCGCAGGCUUGAUGAGACAGAUGAGGCUCAGCUGGAGAGACUCUACAAGCCUGUGUUUGUCAUGAAGCCUUCCUCAUGCAAAUGUUCUGAGGGGCAGACUGCUAGGUUUGACCUGAAGGUUGUUGGCAGACCGAUGCCUGACACAUACUGGUUCCACAACGGACAACAAGUGGUCAAUGACUACACACACAAGAUAGUGGUUAAGGAGGAUGGGAUUCAGUCUCUGAUCAUUGUCCCAGCCAUGCCACAAGACUCUGGAGAGUGGACAGUUGUUGCUCAGAACAGAGCUGGGAAGUCCUCUGUCUCUAUAACUCUCACUGUUGAUGCCCGAGAAAGCCUGGUGCGACCACAGUUCAUUGAGAAGCUGAGGAACAUCAGUGUGAAGCAGGGCACUCUGGUUGAGUUGGCUGUCAAGGCCAUUGGAAACCCUUUACCUGACAUUGUCUGGCUGAAAAACAGUGACAUUAUCACUCCACAUAAGCACCCACAUAUCAAGAUUGAGGGCACUAAAGGAGAAGCCAAAUUCCAGAUCCCUUCUCCUUCAGGUUCUGACAGUGCUUGGUACACUGCUACAGCCAUCAACAAGGCUGGACGAGAUACCACUCGCUGCAGAGUCAAUAUUGAGGUUGACUCCACUGUACCUCAAGCAGAGAGGAAGCUCAUUAUUACCAAAGGAACCUACAAGGCCAAGGAGAUUGCAGCUCCAGAGUUGGAGCCCCUUCAUCUCCGUUACGGUCAGGAGCAGUGGGAGGAGGGAGACCUUUAUGAUAAGGAGAAGCAACAGAAACCACAGUUCAAGAAGAAGCUGACCUCUGUCAGAAUGAAGCGUUUUGGUCCAGCUCAUUUUGAGUGCAGACUGACCCCUAUUGGUGACCCAAAUAUGGUGGUUGAGUGGCUACAUGAUGGCAAACCCCUGGCAGCUGCUAACAGGCUGCGUAUGGUCAAUGAAUUCGGCUACUGCAGUCUCGACUAUGAAGUUGCUUAUGCUAGAGACAGCGGUGUCAUCACCUGCAGAGCCACUAAUAAGUUUGGAGUGGACCAGACGUCAGCCACCCUGAUUGUCAAGGAUGAGAAAGGCCUGGUCGAGGAAACACAGCUUCCUGAGGGCAGGAAGGGUGUACACAGAAUCGAUGAGAUGGAGCGCAUGGCUCAUGAGGGAGGACCUUACGGAGUCAGUGCUGAGGAGGAGACUGAGAAGAUGAAACCUGAGAUUGUCCUUGUUCCCGAACCAGUCAGAGUGCUGGAAGGUGACGUUGCUCGAUUCCGUUGCAGAGUGACCGGUUAUCCAACACCCAAGGUUAACUGGUACCUCAACGGACAACUUAUUCGCAAGAGCAAGAGAUACAGACUUCGUUAUGAUGGUAUUUAUUACUUGGAGAUUGUUGACAUCAAGUCCUACGAUUCAGGAGAGGUCAGGGUUGUUGCAGACAACAACCUGGGCACAGCCGAGCACACUGUGAAGCUGGAGAUCCAACAGAGGGAAGACUUCAGGUCCGUUCUUCGUCGUGCUCCAGAAACAAAGACUGCAGAGAUCUCACAAGAGGCUGGCAGAGUUGGAUUUGAUGUCGUAAAAGUUGACCAACCCGCUGAGGCCACACAGGACAGGGAAGUUGUUAAGCUGAAGAAGGUCCAGAGAAUUGUUCAUGAGAAAACCUCUGAAGAGUCAGAGGAACUGAGGAGCAAAUUUAAGCGUAGGACAGAGGAAGGGUUCUACGAGUCCAUUUCUGCUGUGGAGUUCAAAUCUCGCAAGAGGGACGACUCUUACGAGGACUUGCUGAAGAAGACAAAAGAGGAUCUGCUUCAUCACUUGAAGGAGAAAGAGGAGGCUGAGAGGAAGAAGAUGGAGGAACAGGGCAAAGUGACUAUCCCCACAAUCAAGCCAGAGAGGGUCCAGCUCUCCCCCAGCAUGGAGGCUCCCAAGAUCCUGGAACGUAUUGCAAGCAAGACCGUUGCUCCAAUGGAUGAAGUUCGUUUCAGAGUCAGAGUGGUUGGCAGACCAGAACCUGAGUGCCAGUGGUUCAAGAACGGCAUUCAGUUGGACAAGUCUGAUCGUAUUUACUGGUACUGGCCUGAGGAUCAUGUUUGUGAAUUGGUGAUUAGAGAUGUCACAGCAGAGGAUUCUGCCAGCAUCAUGGUCAAAGCCAUGAAUGUCGCUGGAGAGGCCUCAAGCCAUGCCUUCCUGUUGGUGCAAGCCAAGGCAGAGGUUACCUUCACCCAAAACCUGGACGAUGUCACUGCUAAUGAGAAGGACACUAUGGUGACUUUUGAGUGUGAGACCAACGAGCCUUUUGUUAAGGUCAAAUGGCUGAAGAACAAUGUCGAGAUCUUCUCUGGAGACAAAUACAGGAUGCACUCUGACAGGAAGGUUCACUUCCUGUCUGUGCUGGUCAUUGAUAUGAAGGAUGAUGCAGAAUACAGCUGUGUGGUCACAGAUGAUGAGAACAUCAGGACUAGUGCAAGGCUCCAUGUAGAAGGUGCUGCCCUGGAUCUCAUCAAGCACAUGGAGAAUAUCGAGGUGCCUGAAACCUACUCUGGCGAGUUUGAGGUUGAGUUGUCUCGAGAGGACGCUGAGGGCACCUGGUACUUUGGAGAGAAGGAGCUCUCUCCUAGCAGUAAAUAUGUCAUGUCCUCUCGCCGUGGAAGACACAUUCUGACAGUCAAGGAUGUCAAGAAAGAGGACCAGGGAAAAUAUACCUUUGUAUGUGGAGAUCUCAGGACCAGUGCCUCCCUUAAAAUGAAAUUGCGCCCCGUGACCCUGAUGCAGCCCUUGACCGACCUGACCGUCUGUGAGGGAGACAUCGCCCAGCUGGAGGUCAGGUUCUCCCAGGAGAAUGUUGAAGGAACGUGGAUGAAGAACGGCCAGGCCAUCUCCGCUUCGGACCGUGUGCACAUUGUUAUCGAUAAACAGGUUCACAAACUGCUGGUGGAGAAUGUCAGCAGAGAGGACGCUGCUUCCUACUCCUUUGUCGUUCCCGCCCAGGACAUCUCCACAUCUGGCAAACUCACUGUUCAAACCAUCGAUAUUGUGGUGCCACUAAAGGAUGUAUCCUCCAUUGAGGGCACCAAGGCUGUUCUGGAGGCCAAGAUCUCGGCUCAGGAUGUCAGCUCGGUGAAAUGGUACCACAACGACAAGCUGCUGAUGCCAAGUGACAGAAUCCAGAUGGUGGCAAAGGGAGCCAAGCAGCGCCUAGUCUUUGCCAGGACCUUCGCCUCCGAUGAAGGACGCUACAAACUGGUGGUCGGCAAGGUUGACACCAGCUGUAGCUUGUCUGUUGAGAAGGUAUCAAUCGUUAAGCACAUGGAGGACAAGAUUUGCUCCGAGUCCCAGAACGUCAUGUUUCAGGUUGAGGUUUCUCACUCCGGUAUCGAUCCCAUCUGGACCUUCAAGAGCCAGCAGCUCAAAGCCAGUCCCAAAUACAAGAUGGAGUCGAAGGGGAAGAUUCACACUCUGACUGUUGUUGAUGCCAUGAAGGACGAGGAGGGCGAGUACACCUUCCACGCUGGCGAAAAGACAUCCAGUGCUAACCUCACAGUCUCUGGUGGGGCCAUCACCAGGCCCCUGCAGGAUGUGACAGUCGCGGAGUCCCAGACAGCUGAGCUGGAGUGUGAAGUCGCCAAUGCCAACGCUGAGGGCAAGUGGCUGAAGGAAGGCAAACCUGUGGACUUUAGUGAGAACGUGGUGAGCGAGGUGAAGGGAGCCAUCAGACGCCUCAUCAUCCUCAUCACCAGACCUCAAGACGUUGGAGAGUAUACCUAUCAGGUCGCCAACUCCAAGACCACGGCCAACCUCAGGGUGGAGGCGGUGAAGAUCAAGAAGACCCUGAGGAACCAGACGGUGACGGAGACGCAGGAGGCGGUGUUCACCCUGGAGCUGACCCACGCCAAUGUCAAGGGAUCCCAGUGGAUCAAGAAUGGAGUGGAACUAGAGAACAGCGACAAAUACGAGAUCAUCACCGAUGGCAUGGUCCACACCCUGAAGGUCAAGAACUGCAACACACAGGACGAGUCUGUUUACUCGUUCAAACUGGGAAAACUGUCUGCAAGCGCAAGGCUGAAUGUGGAAACAAUCAAGAUAGUGAAGAAGAUUAAGGAUGUGACGUCCCUGCUUGACGCCACAGCGUCCUUCGAGCUGAGUCUGUCCCACGACGAUAUCCCUGUCAGGUGGAUGUUCAACAACGUGGAGCUGAAACCGAGCGACAAGUGCAAGAUCCUGUCGGAGAGAAAGGCGCACAAGCUGAUCAUCCAGAAUGUGGACAGCAGCAACGCUGGAGAAUACACCGCUGUGGUUGGACACCUGCAGUGCAGUGCAACGCUCACCGUGGAGGCUCUGCGUGUCACCAAGCCACUGAAGAGUGUGGAGGUCCCAGAGACCCACGUGGCCACGUUCGAGUGCGAAGUCUCCCACUUCAACGUCCCGUCGACCUGGCUGAAGGACGGCGUGGAGAUCGAGAUGAGUGAGAAGUUCAGGAUCGUGGUUCAGGGCAAACUGCACCAACUCAAAAUCAUGAACACCAGCAGGGACGACUCUGCAGAGUACACCUUCAUCUGCGGGAAUGACAGAGUCUCUGCAACUCUCACUGUUAACCCCAUCCUCAUCACGUCAAUGCUGAAGGACCUGAACGCCCAGGAGAGAGACACCAUCACGUUCGAGGUGACUGUGAACUAUGAGGGCAUCACCUACAAGUGGCUGAAGAACGGUGUGGAGGUGAAGUCGUCGGACCGCUGCCAGGUCCGUAGCAAGCAGCUGACGCACUCGCUCACCAUACGAAACGUUCACUUCGGAGACGGAGGAGAGUACAAAUUUGUGGCCGGCACCGCCGCCACGGCAGCCAACCUGUUCGUCGAAGCUCGUGUGAUUGAAUUCACCAAGAAAAUCAGAGACAUCAAGAUCACUGAGAAGAAGAAAGCUAUUUUUGAGUGUGAGGUGUCGGAGCCAAACAUCCAGGUGAUGUGGAUGAAGGACGGACAGGAGCUGGACACGUCAGAGGACAGAUACGUGGUGACAGCAGAGAAGUACGUGCACCGUCUGAUGGUCCAGACCAUCCGCAUGUCAGAUGCCGGUGAGUAUUCGGUGGUGGCGGGAUCCAGCGUCUCCAAGGCCCAUCUGACGGUGGAGGGACGCGACAUCCGGAUCAGCGAACCGGCCGAGAAGGAGAUCACGGUUGUUGAGAAACAGAGGGCGACCUUUGAGUUUGAGGUGAGCGAGGACGACGUGGAGGGCCGCUGGAUGAGGAAUGGUGUGGAGAUCCAGUUCUCGGUGGAGGAGAGGUUCAACUAUGUGACCAUCAGGAAGCUCCACCGCCUCACCAUCUCUGAGACCUACAGGAGCGACGCUGGCGAGUACACCUUCAUCGCCGGCAAGAACAGAAGCACCGUGCACCUGCGAGUCAACAUCCCGGAGCCUCCUCAGAUCGUCCGCCACAUGGAGCCCCAGUCCGUGGAGGCCGGGAAACCAGCUCGCUUCUCCGUACAGGUGACCGGCGUUCCUCAGCCUCAGGUCUUCUGGUACAAAAACUCCCAGGCUCUCUCUCCCGGCUUCAAAUGCAAGUUCCUCCACGAUGGAGAUGAGCACACGCUGCUGCUGAUCGAGGUCUUCCCGGAGGACGCCGCCGUCUACAACUGCGAGGCCAAGAACGACUUCGGCACGGCCACGAGCACGGCGGCGCUCAACGUGGAAGUGUCUGAGGUGGUUUCUCCAGACACUGCGGCUCCCAUGGCUCCUCCGGUCGUCAUCUCGCCCAUUGCCAGCACCUCGGCCCGUGAGGGAGAACCAGCUCGCUUCCAGUGUCGUGUCCGUGGAGACGACGUGAAGAUCAGCUGGUUUCACGGGGACAAGGAGAUCAAGCAGUCGGACUUCUUCAGGAUGUCCCAGUUUGACGACAGCUGCCAGCUGGAGAUCUCCAGGGUUUACCCCGAGGAUGAGGGCGAGUACACCUGCGUGGCCAAGAACAAGGCUGGCACCGUGUCCUGCUCCGCCUCGCUCACGCUCGAUGGGCAAAAACAAACUGUCGACGCUCCUGAAUCUCAGUGGCAUGUCUCCACCAGCCUCACCAGUAUAAAGAAACCUUCUAUUGGCCAAAAGCCCACUUUCCUCCACCCAAUAACAAGCUGCACCGUGCCGCAUGGGGAGGUGGCCCGGUUUCAUGCUUGUGUUUCUGGCAUGCCAAAGCCCGAGAUUGGCUGGUUCCAUAAUCAGCAGCCGGUUAAGCCCACAAAGAACAUUGUCUUUCAUUUCGAUGAGAUGACAAACACCGCUACGCUGAUCAUAGUUGAUGCUUUCUCCGAGCAUGCUGGACUGUACACCUGCAAAGCAGCCAAUAACGCCGGAGAAGCUGUGUGCUCUGCUACCCUCACCGUAACCAAAGAAGAAGGUAACGUCUGGAUCCGGGAGCAGAUUGAAGCAAAAAUCGAGCAGGAGGUCAAAGAGCAUUCUAGCACCACCAUCACCACUGUGGAGGAACAAGAGGAAACCUACUACACUGGUCUCCAGUUACCACAGAAAACCAAAACACUUGAACUCAAGCCAGAGUCCAAACGUUACUCUAGCACUUUAGAGAAGAAAAAAGAAAAGCCAGUUUUCCUGACCCAACUCUCCCCGGCAGCAGUGACUCUCGGGGAGACGGCUAUGUUUACGGUCACGGUGUCAGGCUUUCCUAAACCCACAGUUCAGUGGUUCCGCAACGGAAAAGUAAUUAAAAGCUCCUCUGUGUACAAGCUGUUAGAGGAGAAGGAGGAGUAUACACUCUUAAUCACCAAGGUCACAUCUGAGUUUGAAGGGGAGUAUUCUUGCACUGCCACCAACAGGUUUGGGAGAACCACCUGCACAGCAUACCUUGAGGUGAAAAAGAAGGAUGUCAGUCAGGCAGAGAAAUGGGUCGAGAAAAUGUUCAAGGUCACAGGUCAACCGCCUUCUUUCACAGUUCAGAUCCAGCCGGUUAGAUGCUCAGAAGGAGGAGAGCUCUCCUUCAAAUAUAAAACCUGUGGUGACCCAAUCCCUGAUGUGAAGUGGUUCAAAGGGGCUUUCCAGAUACAGCCUAGUAGGAACUGUAUCAUAGUGGCCAACCCAGAUGGUUCUGGCUUUAUCAACAUGAAGAGCAUCAAACAGGAAGAUAGUGGCGUCUAUACUUGUAAGGCUUCCAAUCAGUAUGGUGAGGCCUCUUGUAGCGCUGAACUGGUUGUGUUCAGGGAGUCUGUCUCUGUGUCUCACCAACAGGAACAGCACAAAGUAGUUCAGAAAAAGGGCUAUAAAAUUUCUGUGACUGAACAAGCUACAGAGUCUCGUCUGUAUCAAGUCAGUCUCCCAGGUCAGGACAGAUCCAGAUUCGAUCAGAUGGUUUACACUAUUGGCACUGAAGACAGGAAGAUUAUUCCCAGUGAGCAGGUGGGCACCCUUAGAGAACUAGAUAUCUCAGCUGCAACCCUUCAUCGAGAACAGGUCACCCACCAGGCAGCGGUGCUGCAGUCUCAUGAGGUAGAGGAGAGGGUGUCUGUGGUUCCCACACAUCCACCUCAGGUUUCAGCUGUUCCUGCAAAACAGCUUCACAUGGCAGCUUUUACAUCUUCUGUCCAGGAGAGUCAGGACUUCACAGAGCAGCACUGCGAUCAUAUUCAGAGCCCUGAGGUCAUUGAGGUCCAACCUGCUACGGAAAAAAGGUCAAAGAUGAUGUCAGCUGUAGCUGAGGAGCUCACCCCUCUUUCUACUGUUAGCACAGAGCCUCUGGCUGACAGGAAGUCAGCUGCAAUCCAGCCCACAUCAGAGCCGAAACAGUUAGUCAGUGGACAUCAAGUUGAGUCACAGCUGUCCAUCCUGAAAGAACAGUCUCAUGAUAUUCCCAAACCACAGAAGGAGAAGGGUUAUAAAGUCAAAGAAGGUGUUAAGAUUUUGUAUUCAGCCCAGUCAGCAGAGAAGCGGGUGCUUGCAGAAGGCCACACCGCUGAACUAGCCACAGCAAACUCUGCUGUUAAAUCUUCGGUAAGCAAAGAGCAACCCAGACCUGUCCUGGCCUCAAUCAGUGAGUCCAAACAGACUUUAUCCAAGGAGACUAAGUUCUCCAUUCAGAGGCCCAGUGAAGAGACAGCGCAGCUCUGUAAGGAUAAAGUUAUGAAGAUAGGUCUGACAGCUGAGGAGAAACAGACUCUGCAGGCUGAGCAAACUCAGCAUCUGCCCAGUCUGGACAACAAGGUGUCCAUUCAGUCAAAGGUAGAAGGAGAACAGUUGUUACACCUGCAGGUUAUCACAGACCAGGACCUCCUACCAUCUGAGGAGAGGUUUACCUGUGAGAAACCAGUCCCAGAGCAGGCAGGCACCGCAAAGAGUCCCACUCUGUUACACACUGUCAGUCAGGAUGAACAGAGGACAGUGAUCUGUGAGGCUACGUCAGAGUUUGAGGCUAAGGCCAGCACCACGGCCAUCAAGCCUCAAAGAGAGGCCCCUACUCUGCUCCAUCUUCAGUCAACUCAGCCUGUGGAGACAUUACCCAAAGAGGACAUUCUUGUUAUUGAGAAGCCUGACCAGCAGGUGGCAGCACAGAAACAGGAGAAGGCCAAGAAGCAUGCAGCCACCACAGAGGAGAGGCAUGAGCUCAAGGCAGAUUAUCACAAAGAGCUCAACGUGUCCGUGACUGGAGUUCAGUCGCAGCUCCGAACAGAGCCCAGACCUCAGAGCAUCCUGCACCUCUCCUCCGAGACCAUGCCUCUCCCAAAGGAGAUGCCUUUCACCAGCGACGUCAAGCAGCAGCGAGCUUUAGUGCAGAAGGAGGAGCGCUGGAAUGUGAUGCAUGUCACCAGUGUAGCAGAUAGCCAGGCUUUAGAAGAGGGUCAUACUGAGAGUCUGACAGCAGUGGAUAAAUUCACCUGUCAGACAAUGGUAGAGCCAAAACUUCCCAUAGAGCCAGUCCAGAUUGAAGAGAAGGAGAUCUCCACGGAGAGUAGUAUGCCCCUGGAGGCAGCAGAGCAGGACUUUGCUGUUCAGAUCCAGGAGGGCCAGUCAGUCAGACAGUCCAUAGUGAUGGAUGAGAAGCAAGUGCUGACAGGUGAGCUCUCUCAAGAGAUCACCAAGUCAGAGUCCACUAAGGUCACUGUCACCACACAGCCAAAACUGUCUCUCAUGGCUUCAGAAUCUAAAGACAGUGCAUCUCUUCCUAAAGAGAUGACAUUUGUUAUUCAGAUCCCCAAACCAUCCAGUGUCAAUAUAAGACGUCAGCUCAGGGACGCCCUUCAGUCUGCCCUGGCCCGUGACCAGCCGCUGUUGCUGGCUGAUGUUGUAGGGAGGCUAGAGGUCGCAGAGGUACAAGAGGUCAAGGUUCAGAGAGAGCCCAAACAUGCCGUGUUUACAUAUCUUAUCACAACAACAGGCGCACCCAUGGAAAUCACACUGGCUUUUGAGGGUGAAUACCCUCAGACAGCUGACCUCAGGACUGAGCUCCAGGCAGCUUUCCAUUCCAUAGUUUACCAGGAAGCCCAUGUCCUGACUUCAGAACGUCCUGGCAUCAUGCAGUUAGACAGACCUCAGAGAGCGCAGGUUACCUCGGCCAGCUCCAAGGAGGUGCUGUCGUCUGCGGUAGAAUCUGUGAGAGUAAUGGAGAGCGCGGUGGAUAUCACUGCCAUCAAGUCUCAGGCUGCUGCACUCAAGACCGAAUCCAAAAUGGCCUUCGAGUCUGUCACAGCUGAGCAACAGGUCGUAGUUCAGGAAUCUAAGGCAGCGCAGAUUAAGCAGUCGGUCUCUUCUCACGCAUCUGUGGAUGUUAGCAUCCAGAAGGAGCACAGGGAGGAGAUCUUCAAACAGGAGAUCACAGUAUCCAGACCUGAACAGAGAGAGUACCCUGUCAUAGUCACCUUCCUGGAGGAUUUAUCCAUUGAAGAAGACAGUAAAGUUACAUUUAGCACCACCAUUAAGUAUGUGACCAAGGUUAACUGGUUUUUCAAUGGACAACUAGUGAAAUCUGGCAAAGACUUCAAGUGUUCCAAAGACCACGACACAUACACACUAGUUGUCAACAAAGUUGUCAAGGAGAAGCAUCAAGGGGAAUAUGUCUGUGAGGCUGAGAAUGAAGCCGGCAAGACCACAACAACUUCCAGGCUCACUGUGGUCUCAAGAGUGCCACCCGUCUUUAAGCAGAAGAUCACACCCCUGGACAUUAACAUUGGUGGCCAUGCCAAGUUUGAAUGUGAGAUUGAAGAUGCUCCAAGUGUGACCUUCAAAUGGUACAAGUCUGGCAUCGAGAUCAAACACAGCGAGAAGUACAGGAUCCUUAGUCGCCAGACCAGUUCCUCUCUGGAGCUCCUGAACCCAGCCAAGGCUGACAGUGGUGACUACACCUGCAAGGCCUCCAACCAGCACGGUUCCGACAGCUGCUCCGCCUCUCUCAUUGUGACUGAAAUGUACCCACCGAUAUUUGUAUCAAAACCAGAUCCAAUGACCUUAUAUGUGGGCAAACAAGCUCUGUUCCAGUGCUCACUUACUGGUUCUUCACCCAUGGAAGUUGUCUGGCACAAGGACAACAUAGCCAUCUCUUCUGAGGGGAACUAUGUCAUGAAAUGUGAAAAGAACAAGUAUUCCCUUCAAAUUAAAAGUCUUCAGCUGACUGAUCAGGGGGUGUAUUUGUGUAAAGCCUCCAACAGCGUUGGCACUGCUACUUUUACCACAGAGCUCAGUGUUAUCAACAAGCCCAGCUUUGUUAAGACCAUUGAGCCAGUGUCAGCAGCUGUCAAUGAUCCACUGCGCCUGGAGUGCCAGGUAGAUGAGGACACUGGUGUGACUGUCACCUGGACCAGGGACGGCAAAAAAGUCCACCAGACCAUGGACUGCAAAAUGUCCUUUGAGGACACGGUUGCUGUUCUUGAGAUACCCAAGUCCAAACUGAAGGACUCUGGGAAAUAUGUAUGCACAGCCGCAAAUGAGGCUGGGAGCUCAACCUGUGAGGCUCUGGUUACGGUGCAAGAGCCCCCUACCUUUGUCAAGAAAAUGGAGCCAAAGAUUAUUUGGAAACAGGGCAUUGCUGCACGCUUACAGUGCACCAUCAAAGGGUCUCCUGAACUCCGUGUCCACUGGUUCUGGAAUGAGAGAGAGCUUAGUGAUGGAGAGAAAUAUAAAAUCUCUUUCAAGAAUGGCCUUGCCACUUUGGAGAUAGUGAAUCUUAUUGUCACAGACAGUGGGAGGUAUAGUUGUGAAGUGGCAAACAAUGCUGGCAGUGAAAGCUGCAACACCCACAUCUCUGUUAAAGAGCCCCCAUCCAUUAGAAAAGAGCUGCAGACAGUAGAAGCUGUGAAGGGUGCAGCAGCUCAGCUGGAGUGUGAAAUCACAGGAACAGCUCCUUUUGAAAUCACUUGGUUAAAAAAUAAGAAAGCCGUCACCAGUGAGAAGAGAUAUAAAAUAGUCUCGCAAGAGUCCCUAUCCAGGUUGGAGAUCCAGGCCUUCGAAAGUGCAGAUGUUGGAGAUUAUCAGUGCAUUGUAUCCAAUGAUGUGGGUAAAGUCACCACUAAGGCAAUAGCUAAACUAAAAGAGCCGCCGUCUUUCUCAAAGAGGAUCGACAGUGCUACAGCAGUGUUGGGAAAUACAGUGAAACUACAGGGAACCAUUAAAGGCUCAGCUCCUAUCACUGUUAAAUGGCUGAAAGACUCUGAGAUACUAAGAGAUGGAGAUCCAAAUAUCAAGAUGGUCUUUGAAAACAAUGUUGCUAGCCUUUCAAUCACAACAGUGGCCAUCAACCAUGGUGGCAAGUAUACAUGCCAAGCUGAGAAUGAGGCCGGUCAACAGAAAUGUGAAGCCACUUUGACUGUGCAAGAACCUGCCAGAAUUGUAGAACCUGCAGAGUCCAUCAGUGUGACUGCAGGGGAUACAGCCACUUUGGAGUGCACAAUUGCUGGAAGCCCAGAGCUCAAAGUGAAAUGGCUUAAAGACGGAAAGGAGAUGAUGAGUGGCCGUAAAUAUAAAAUUACACUGAAGGAGAAUACCGCCACCUUAAAGAUUCUUACAGCAGAGAAAAUAGACACUUCUGAGUACAAGAUGGAGGUGUCGAAUAAAGUCGGCAAGGCCGAGUGCACAUGCUCGGUCACUGUUUUAGAUCGGAUAAUGCCUCCAACCUUCACAAAGUCUCUGAAAAGAGUUGAUGGUAACAUUGGUAAUGACGUCUCCAUGGACUGUAAGGUGGCUGGGUCCCAACCCAUGACCAUAACUUGGUUCAAAGAUGACCAGGAGAUUGACUCUGGAGCCAAGUUCCAGCCUGAAUUCAAAGAUAGCUCUGCUACACUGAGGAUCAUUAAGUUGGAGAAAGCUGACUCUGGGGUUUACAAAUGCAAAGCCACCAACUCUGCUGGCUUUAAAGAAACCCUUGGGACGCUCUAUGUCAAAGAGCCCCCAGUGUUCACAGUGAAACCAGACAACCAAGAAGUUAUACCAGGAACCACUGUUUCCUUCAAAUCAGCCUUUACUGGAACAGCUCCUUUGGCUGUUAAAUGGUUCAGAGAGGAAAAAGAGAUUGCCAGUGGAGGCACAUAUUUCAUAAAGAAAGAUCCUUCUUCAAGCUCCUUGGAGCUUCACUCAGUGAAACCCUCUGAUUCUGCUAAAUACACAUGCCAAGUGUCCAAUGAUGCUGGGAAGGUGGACUGCACUGCGGUCCUCUUUGUGAAAGAACCUCCUGUGUUUGUGACGAAACUUGAGGCAACCAAGCUAGUCACCAGUGGUAACUCUGCCAGGCUGGAGUGCAAAGCCAAAGGCAGUCCUGUCAUCGCUUUUAAGUGGUUCAAGAAUGAGAUCGAGAUCAGCCCCAGUCACAAAUACAUAAUGAACGUGAUUGACUUAGUGGCGUCUCUGGAAAUAGACAACUGCACAGUAGCAGAUAGUGGAGAUUAUGCCUGUGUGGCGUCCAGUGAAGCUGGUAGUGACCGCUGCAGCAGCACAGUGACAGUCAAAGAGCCACCAGUGUUUGUACGAGGCUUGGAGUCCAAAGACGUUGUGAAAGGGUCUGAGAUGAUGCUUGAGGGCCAAGUCUCUGGCUCUUCUCCCUUUACAGUAUCAUUUUAUAAAAACACAAAGCCGGUUAGGAACGAUAAGAGGCACAAGAUUACUCUGAAAGACAAUCUGGUAGCCCUGCAAGUGCUGGCAGUGGAAGCAGGCGACACUGGCACUUACCAGUGUACUGUUGAGAAUGAAGUGGGUAUUGCCUCUUGUGACUGUCAAGUAACGCUCAAAGAACCACCAUCAUUUGUGCAAAAGCUGGAGAACCUCACUGCCCUGGUGGGCAGUGAGGUUUCUCUUCAGUGUACUCUGAAAGGCUCAGAGCCCAUGACUGUGUCCUGGCUGAAAGAUGACCAUGAAAUCAAAGAGGCCGAAAAUAUUCAAAUUACCUAUGAGAACAGGACUGCGCUCCUGCAAAUUAACAACAUACAGAGGAAACAUGGCGGCAAAUACACCUGCCAUGCUCAAAACCAGGCUGGGAGCCAGAAGUGCUCUGCAGUGUUUGAAGUCAAAGAGCGCAAAAACCCUCCGGUAUUCACCAAAAAGCCCUCUGAGAAUAUUGAGGACACCGAGGGCAAACUGGUGAAGAUUGAGGGUCGUGUCUCUGGCUCCCAGCCCAUUGCAGUGGCGUGGUACAAGGACAACACAGAGAUCUACAGCUCUGACAAAUAUGACAUUAGCUUUAAGAGCAAUGUGGCUGUGCUGUGCAUCAAGAGCAGCCAGGUGUCUGACAGCGGCAGGUACUCCUGCCAGGCCACAAACGAAGCCGGCAAAGCCUCCUGCGACUUCUCAGUGGGCAUUGCAGAGUCCAAGAAACCUCCAGUCUUUGAUGUUCCUCUCAAACCAGUGAAUGUCGAGGAGGGGGAGAAGCUGAGCCUGAAAUGCCACGUCUGUGGUUCUCCCCCUCUGAAGAUCCAGUGGAUGAAGGACAGGAAGGAUCUGAGCUCCGGUGGCAGCACCAGGAUCAGCUUCUCCGACGGUACCGCCUGCCUGGAGAUUACCCAGGCCUCCAGACACGAUGCAGGAGAUUACCUCUGCAAGGCCACCAACGAUGCCGGCAGUGAAUUCUGCAAGGCCAAAGUCACCGUGAAAGAGAAACCAGGAGCUGCUCCGGCUCCCGCUGAGGCUCCUGCAGCUGCUCCAGCCAAGAAACUGGACAACCUGUUCUUCAUUGAGGAACCCAAGACGGCCCACGCCACUGAGAAGGGCACCGCCACCUUCAUCGCCAAGGUCGGAGGUGAUCCUAUUCCCAGUGUGAAAUGGAUGAAGGGCAAAUGGAGGCAGAUCACACAUGGUGGUCGUAUUUCCAUCGAGCAGAAGGGACAGGAGGCCAAGCUGGAGAUCAAAGAAGUGACCAAGUCUGACUCUGGCCAGUACAGAUGUGUUGCCUCCAACAAGCACGGAGAAAUUGAAUGUAGCGCUGACAUGCGCGUUGAGGAAAAGAAAGAGUCUGCAGGGUUAGAGGGAGACCUCCGAGCUAAACUGAAGAAGACCCCAUCCAAGCAGAAGAGUCCACAGGAAGAGAAGGACAUUGAUAUUGUUGAGUUGUUGAGGAACGUGGACCCCAAAGAGUACGAGAAAUAUGCCCGAAUGUACGGCAUCACCGACUACAGAGGCCUGCUGCAGGCCAUCGAGCAGCUCAAGAAAGAGAAAGCUGAAGAAAGUGGAAGACCGGAAAUAGAGCGUGGAGACAGAGAGUCUGAUGAGGACAUGGCCCGACUGGUGGCCGACCUGCAGAAGAGAAUGGAGCGCACCGAGCCUGUCACUGUGAUGAAUGACAUCUCUGAUCAGUGCACCUUCACCGACAAGGACGCCGUGUUUGAGUGUGAGAUCAAGAUCAACUACCCAGAGAUCACCCUGUCCUGGUACAAGGGCACGCAGAAGCUGGACAGCAGCGACAAGUACGACAUCAGCAUCGCUGGCGACUGCCACGUGCUGAAGAUCAAGGACUGCCAGCCCAGAGACCAGGGCAACUACCGUGUGGUCUGUGGGCCCCACAUCUCCAGCGCCAAGCUCACCGUCAUGGCUGAACAAAUUCAUUUCACCAAACGCAUCCACAACAUCGAAGUCAACGAGCGCCAGUCGGCCACCUUUGAGUGUGAGGUUUCCUUCGACAACGCUAUCGUGUCUUGGUACAAAGACACGUGGGAACUGAAAGAGAGCCCUAAGUACAACUUCAGAAGCGAGGGACGAAGACAUUUCAUGGUUAUAAGAAAUGUGACCACUGAAGACGAAGGCGUGUACUCGGUGAUUGUGAGGUUGGAGCCCAGAGGCGAGGCUAAGAGCACAGCUGAGCUUUAUUUGUCUGGCAAAGAAGCCAAAAAGCCAGUAGAGGAGAAGGUUUCUGCAGUUACUGUCCCAGAGAAGAAGGAACCUCCUGCUCCCAAAGAACCAGAGGAGGCAAAGAAGCCCGCUGCCAAGCCUGCCGCUGCUCCCUCUCCGCCCACAGAGAAGACAGAAGUGCCAAAGAAAGAUGAGCGCAAGCCUCAGGUGCCAGCAGAGCCUAAAGUGGCACCUGCAGCUAAGCCUGAACCCGAACCCAAACCCAAACCUAAAGCUGAACCUGAACCCAAGCCUCAGGCCAAAGCGGCUCCCAAAGCAGAACCUGAACCCAAAGCGGCUCCCAAGGCAGAACCUGAACCCAAAGCGGCUCCCAAAGCAGAGCCAGUGCCGGAAGAAAAGCCAGUGCCAAUGAAGAAGCCAGUGACUCCACCAUCCAAAGUACCUGAAGAGGCUCCAAAGGCAGAGCUGGAACAGAUCAAGCCUAAAAAAGCAGUAGUCAAACCAGAACCAGAGGUCCAAAAACCAGAAGCAGGACUAAAGAAAGCCAAACCAGAGGUUCCCAAACCUGAGCCUGCUGUGUUGAAACCAGAGCCUGCCAUCCCCAAACCAGAACCCACUGUUCCAAAAGCUGAACAGAAGCUUCCAGAAACAGUGAAGAAAAAAGCAGAGCCUGAAGUAAAAAUACCAGAGCCUGCGGUCUCGAAACCAGAACCAACAAAAGUGAAGCCAGAGCCAACACCAGCACCAAAGAAAGUUCCCGUGGAAGAAAAAGUACCAGAGUUUCCAAAAGCAGCCAAGAAGCCAGAAACCGUUGUUGUUCCUCCCAAAGAAGAGUCCCCUAAGAAAGCAAUGAAGCCCAAACCAAAACUCGUACCUGAAGAGGUGCAAGGGAGAGAACCUGAAAAAAUAUCUCAGAGGGUUUCUGAUGAAGUUCCUCGUCAGCUAGCUGAGAGGGUAGUGGAGAAAGAAACUGAGAGGGUGCCUGAUAAAAUACCUGAGAGGGUACCUGAGAAGAGGCCUCCAGGAAAGGCUGAGGUAACCCUUCAGAGGGAAGUAGAAAAGGUUCCUGAGAAGGUCCCUGAGAAGUUAAAGGCACCUGAAAGGAUGGUGGAGGAAAUUCCUGAGAGGGUUCCUCAAAAAACACCUGAAAAAGUACCUGACAAGGUUCCAGAAAAACUACCCGAGAAGAAAAUACCAGAGAAGAUUCCUGAGAGGAAGCCUGAAAAGGUACCUCAGGUUGCGGAGGUAGAGACAAUUCCUGAAAAGAAGCUUCCUCAGAGUGUGCCUGUGGAGGUUGAGGAGGUAGAAGCUUGGAGGGUACCCCAGAAGAAACCUGUGAAGACAGCUGAGCAACAGGUAUCUGAGAUACCAACAGAGAAGAUACCUGAGAAGAAAGCAGUCCCUGCAAGGAUUCCAGAUAUAACACCUGAGAAGGUGCCACAGGAGAUCCCUGAGGCAAAACCUAAAAGGCAGAUAGAGGAAGCUCUUCCUAAAGUGACUACCAGUCUUGUCAAGAUCGAGCAAAGAAAAGGAGCUCAGAAGACACAGGAUGUUUAUUUUGUGACAGAGAGAGUUUCCCCCUCAGAGGAGGUCUGGGAACAUGAAGAUGUGGUGGAAGAAUACGCUGAAGUGUCUUAUGAGGACGAAGAGGCGUUUGUGGGCAAGAGUAUUGUGUCCCUGUCAGAAACAGACAUUAUUAGCACAACAGAAAUACCUAGCCAAACACAUGAAAAGUCUGAACUGAGAGAUCUUGUCAAGAUCACAGGGAAGACACAGGAAGUUCAUUAUGUUACAGAGAAAGUUCCUUCUGCAGAGGAACAUGAAGACGUGGUAGAAGAAAACGCUUCAGUGUCUUAUGAAGAUGAGGAGGACAUUGUGGGCAAGAGGAAAACAGUUCUGCACAAAAAAGGUAAAAUUCAAGUGGAGGAGGAUGGGACAUUUGAGAUUCCCUCUUUGAAGAAAACAACCAGGGUCAUUAGGGAAACAGAGGAGGAACAGGAAGUUGUCAAACUGAAGAAAAUUCCAUCAGUUGCAUCAAAAGAGGCUGAAGAAGAAAGCAAACCUCUGAAGGUUACCAAGACAACUGUCGUUGAUGUUGAAGAGAUUGUACAUGAGGAGGAGGCUUUUGAGCUGUCAGUAGCCACCAGGAGACCCGCAGAGGAGAGGAAACCUAGGGAGAAAGCAGUCUUUGACAAAAAGAAAGAAGUUAUUAAGCCUAAAGAAGAACCAAAAGACACUGCUAAAGACUCAUGGACCCGCCAGAAAGCUAUCCCAAAAGACGAGAAACCAGAGGUUAAGGUUCCUCUAAAGAAAACUCCCAAGGCAGCAAAGGAAGAGGAACCUGCUCCACCUAGUGCAGCCUUGAAGAAAGUGAAAAAAUUGCCUUCAGAUGAACCAGAGCAAGAAAUAGUCAAAUUAAAACCAUUUGAGAGGCCUUCCAAACCGGAAGAGGAGCCAGAGAAAGACAAGAGGGAAAGGCCAGAGAGGGAGCCUGUGUCUUUCCAGAAGCCAGAGAGGCUCCCGAGAGAGGAGGAGACCAAAGAACCUCCGAGGAAACCUGAGAAAUCUCCUGAAGAGAUAAAGGAGCCUCCAGCCAAGGUGCUGAAACCAGUAGAUAAAAAGAAAACGCCAGAGAAAGAGCCAGAUGAGGGCAAAGCACCAGCCAAGGUUAAGAGAAUCCCAACAAAGGAAGAAGAAAUUGAAAGUGUCAAAUUGAAGCCCUUCUCCAGGCCGUCCAAAGAAGCUGAAGAGCCUGAGAAGAAAAAAACAGCAGAGGAGAAAGACAGGCGACCUGCAGAUGAUCGACUGCCUCGGCGUAAAAGCAGAGAUGAGAUUCCAAAAGAGCGAGAGCCUGAAACUUAUCCAAAGAAAAUCGACGCACCUGAAGCUCCUGAGAAGAAGCCUGAGAAAGUGACAGAGGCAGAGCCAACUCCUGUGGAGAAGACAGUAUCUCCAAAGCCAGCUCCUGUUAAGAAACCUGAGAAGGUUCCUGAGGAGGCCAAGCCACUGCAGCUGAAGAAGGGGGUCACUCCAAAGAAGAAAGAGGAGGAAGAGGAAGUCACUUUGAAGCCCGUGGAGCAACUGAAAAAGGUUGAACUGAAAAAGACCCCAUCACCUAAGAUUGAGAAGCCAAAGCCUAAAGAGUUGGAGUCAGUUCCUGUUGAGAAGAAGCUGAGCGCUGAAAAACUCAAAAAGAUUCCCAAAACAAUCUCACCAAAAGCAUCUAUUGAAGCCGUAACUCUCAAAAAGGUCCCCAAGAAGCCUUCACCAGAGGAGGAGAAGCCUGCAGAACCGGAGAAGCCAGGUAAAGGGAAGAUUCCCAUGGUGAAGGAGACCCCAUCCCCUGGAGAAGGCAGGGGCAGGGGCCUGAGGCCUGGUGGAAAAGGCCCACCGCCACCAGAGGAGCCCUUCGCAGGAUUCAAGCUCAAAGCUGUCCCUCUGAAGUUCAUCAAGAAGCUCCAAGACAUUGUCUUACAGGAGGCUGAGUCUAUCGGCUCAUCUGCUGUAUUUGAGUGUGAGGUUUCACCUUCCACCGCCGUCACUUCAUGGAUGAAGGACGGCAGCAACCUCCGUGAGAGCCCCAAACACAAAUUCACUUCUGAUGGCAAAGAUCGCAAACUGAAUAUUAUUGAUGUGCAGCUGUCUGACACCGGUGAAUACACUUGUGUGGCCAAGAACGCUGGAAAGGAAGUGUCAUGCACAGCCAAGCUUAUUGUUGAAGAGCUGCCUGUGAAAUGGAUAAAGGAGCUGGAAGAGGAGACUUCAGCUCUCAAGGGUCAGCCUCUGUACCUGACCUGUGAGCUGAAUAAAGAGAGGGAUGUGGUCUGGAAGAGGAAUGGUGCUGUCCUGAAGCCCAAGGCCGGCAAGGUUCAAAUCAACAUCAUAGGAAUGCAGCACGCCGUGACCAUCCAGAACUCAGGCGAUGACGAUGUUGGUGUCUACACGUGUGAAGUGGCUAACCAGGAAGAUGUCAAGACUACAACCAAUGUCAAAGUGAUUGAAAUCAUCAAAGACUGGAUUGUGAAGCCACUGAGAGACCAGCAUGUGAAGCCAAAAGCAUCCGCGACUUUCAAAUGUGAGCUGUUCAAAGACACGCCCAACUGGAAGUGGCUGAAAGGAGAGAACGAGGUCACUCCCUCUGAUAAGGUGGAGAUAAUGAAGGACGGAAAGCAGCUGACGCUCACGAUUAAGAACUGCCAGCCUGAUGAUGUGGCGGAGUACGCGAUGGAGGUUGAGGGACGCAUCUACACCGCCAAACUGACGCUAGGAGAGCGGGAGGCUGAGAUCCUGAAGCCUCUCUCCAGCGUGGAGGUGGUUGAGAAGCAGGACGCCACGUUUGAGACGGAGAUCUCCGAGGACGAUGUUCCGGGCGAAUGGAAACUCAAAGGAGAGAUCCUGACCAGAUCGCCAACAUGUGACAUCCAGGCUGAGGGUACGAUACGUAAACUCACCCUGAAAAACUGUCAGGUGGACCAGUCGGGUGAAGUGUCUUACCAGGCUCUAAACGCCAUCACCAGCGCUAUGCUCACAGUCAAAGAAAUCGAAAUGGACUUCGUUGUCCCUCUGAAGGAUGUUUCCGUGCCUGAAAAGAAGCAGGCUAAGUUUGAAUGCACCAUCACAAAGGAUGUGUCCAAGGUCAUGUGGUACAGAGGGGCUGACAUCAUCACCCCUGACCAAAAGUAUGACAUGAUCAGUGAUGGAAAGAAACACAUGCUGAUCAUAAACAGCUGUGAGUUUGAUGACGAGGAUGAAUAUACUAUUGAGGUUUUGGGCAAAACUUCUACAGCUAGACUCACAGUGGAGGGUAUCAGGCUCAAAUUUAUCUCGCCACUAAAGGACCAAACGGUGAAGGAAGGCAAAACGGCUCGGUUUGAGCUGGAGCUCUCCCAUGAAAAUGUGCCCGUCACCUGGUACAAGAACGACGUUAAAAUCCAUCCUAGCAGAACAGUGCUCACUCAUGUGGAUGGAAAGAAACACAUCCUAGAGAUAAGGGAAGUGACUCUAGACGAUACCUGCCAAAUUAAAGCAGAGGCCAAAGGAAUUCCCUCUAUGGCCAACCUAACGGUUAUAGAGGGCGACGCGUACUUCACGGUUAAGCUGCAGGACUAUACUGCAGUGGAGAAAGACGAGGUGGUUCUAGAUUGCGAGCUCAGCAAAGACGUCGAUGUCAUGUGGUACCACAAUGAGGCCGAGGUUAAGGCCUCAAAGAUGGUGACCAUAAAAGCCGAGGGCAAACGCAGAACCCUCGUCAUCAAGAAAGUUGGGGACAAAGACAAAGGACAAUAUGUCUGUGAUUGUGGGACAGACAAGACAACAGCAACACUUAACAUUGAAGCUCGCCACAUCAAGGUGGUUCGGCCGUUGUAUGGCGUUGAAGUGUUUGACGGGGAGACUGCUCGUUUCGAGGUAGAGAUCUCAGAGGACGACGUCCACGGCCAGUGGAAACUGAACGGAGAAGUGCUCAGUCCCUCUGCCGAUGUUGAGAUCGUGGAGGACGGUGCCAAACACACUCUGAUCUUGUACAACUGCAAAGUCCCUCAGACAGGCGAGGUGGCGUUCGCCGCUGCCAACGCCAAGUGUUCUGCUAACCUGAAAGUGAAGGAACUGCCCAUCUCUUUCAUUACGCCACUGAGCGAUGUGCACGUGUACGAAAAGGAUGAGGCAAGGUUUGAAUUGGAAGUGUCCAGGGAGCCCAAAAGCUUCCGCUGGCUAAAGGGAUCUCAGGAGUUGUCAAAUGACGACAAGUUUGAACUUCUGGUAGAAGGAAACAGGCAUAUUCUUGCGGUCAAAUCUGCAAGAUAUGAAGAUGAAGCCAAGUACAUGUUUGAGGCAGAGGACAAGAGGACAGCUGGCAAGCUGUUUAUUAAGGGUAUUCGCCUCGAAUUUAUCAAGCCAAUCAAGGAUGUGACAGUGAAAGAGCGUGAGACGGCCGAGUUCAGCGUUGAACUCUCUCAUGACAAGAUCCCAGUGGUCUGGUACAAAAAUGAUGUACGUCUGCAUCCCAGCAAGGUGGUGCACAUGUCAGAGGACGGAAAGGUCCACACCUUGGCUUUCAAGGAGGUUUCCCUUGAUGACACCUCCAUGAUCAAGGUUGAAGCUAUGGGCAAGACCUCAGAGGCUAUGCUCACUGUACUCGAGGGAGACCUGUACUUCACUGUCAAGCUGCAGAACUACACCGCUGUGGAGAAGGACGAGGUGAAGUUGGUUUGUGAACUGAGCAAAGCCAUGGGCGAGGUCAAAUGGUUCAAAGAUGGUAAUGAAAUCACGCCCUCCAAGAAUAUUCUCAUUCAGUCGGAUGGCAAGAAGCGUAUGCUAAUCAUCAAGAGGGCAGCGAAGAGCAACAUCGGAGCGUACACCUGCGACUGUGGCACUGACAAAACCACAGCCGAUCUGAACAUCGAAGAGCGGGACAUUAAGGUUGUGCGCCCGCUGUACAGCGUGGAGGUAACAGAGACUGAGACCGCUAAGUUUGAGACAGAGAUAUCUGAGGAGGACAUCCACGGCAACUGGAAACUGAAAGGAGAAGACCUGCACCAGUCUGCUGAUGUUGAGAUGAAAGAGGAGGGAACCCGACACGUGCUGAUCCUGUACAACUGUCGUAUGGACAUGGCAGGAGGUGUUGACUUCUCGGCAGCGAACGCCAAAUCCAACGCGCAGCUCAGAGUGAAAGCCCGGGUGAUCGGCCUGCUCAGGCCUCUGAAGGAUGUAACUGUGACUGCCGGGGAGACGGCCACAUUUGAAUGCGAGCUGUCGUUUGAAGGCAUCGCUGUUGAGUGGUUCCUAGAGGGUACAAAGCUGGAACCAAGUGACAGAGUGGUGUUUAGGUCGGAAGGUAAAACACACAGCCUGACACUCAGAGACGUCCAGCUGAGCGAGGCCGGCCAGGUCCAAGUCACCGCCAAGGACUUCCAGACCGAGGCCAGCCUGAUCGUCAGAGAGCCGCCAGUGGAGUUCACUAAGCCUCUGGAGGACCAGACGGUUGAGGAGGAGGCCACUGCUACCCUGGAGUGUGAAGUUUCCAGAGAAAACGCCGAGGUCCAAUGGUUGAAAGAUGGACAGGAGAUCCGCAAAUCGAAGAAGUACGACAUGAUCAUCGACGGCCGCAAGAGAGCGCUCCUCAUCCACGACUGCACGAUGGAUGAUGCAAGGACUUACGCCUGCGACGCCAAGGACUUCAAAACGUCCUGCUUCCUCAAUGUUGAACCUCCACAUGUCGAGUUCGCCAAGCCGCUCCAUGAUGUCGAGGUCAGAGAGAAGGAGUCCGCCAGGUUUGAGUGUGAACUGUCCAGAGAAAAUGCCAAGGUCCGCUGGUUUAAGGAUGGAAGUGAAAUCAGAAAGGGAAAGAAGUAUGAGAUUAUUGCCCAAGGUGUUCAACACAUCCUCAUUAUCCACAAGUCAGCUUUUGACGAUGAGGCUGAAUAUGAAUGUGACGCAAAGACCUCCAAAUCCUCCGGCAUGCUGACUGUUGUCGAGGAGGAGGCGAGGUUCACCAAGAACCUGUCCAACGUCGAGGGGACAGAGACAGACAGCGUUAAACUGAUCUGUGAAGUUUCCAAACCCAGUGCUGACGUCACCUGGUACAAAGGAGACCAGGAGCUGCCGGAGGGCGGCAGGUAUGACCAGAUCGUAGACGGCAAGAGGAGGAUUCUCAUCAUCCAGGACCUGAAGAUGGACGAUGCUGGAGAGUACAACUGCAGACUGAGUCCCACAAACAAAACCUCUGGAAACCUGAAAAUUUGUGAACUGGCUGCCGAGUUCAUCUCGAGGCCAAAAAGCCAGGAGGUGGUGGAGGGCGAGAAGGCCGAGUUCACCUGCUCCGUCUCAAAGGACAGCUUCGAGGUCAAAUGGAUGAAAGACGAUAAGGAGCUGGAAGCAGGAGACAAAUACCAAAUGAUCAGCGACGGCAAGAGAAGGACUCUGGUCAUCAAGAACUCCGAGACCAAGGACGAGGGCGGAUAUGUUGUGAUGAUCGGCACCACCAGAGCCAGCGCAGACCUCACGGUGCUUGAGAAACUGAGAAUCAUCACCCCGCUGAAGGACACCGAGGCCAAAGAAAACCAGGAGGUUGUCCUGAACUGUGAGGUGAACACAGAGGGAGCCAAAGCCAAGUGGCUGAAGAACGAUGAGACCUUGUUCGAGAGCGGCAAGUACAUCAUGGUCCAGAGAGACAACGUCUUCUCUCUGAGGAUCAAGGAUGCCCAGAAGGGAGACGAGUCAAACUACACCAUCAACUUGACCAACCACAGAGGAGAGCAGGCAAAGAGCUCCUGCAACCUCACAGUCAAAGAGGAGAGUCUGAAGAUUGUGGUGCCUCUGGAGGAUGUCGACACACAGGAGAAGAAGACAGUCAGCUUCUCAUGCAAGGUCAACAGGCUGAACGCCACCGUGAAAUGGAUGAAGGCUGGUCAAGAGAUCACCCUUGACAAACGCAUCGUCUACAGAGUUGACAAAGACAAACACACACUGACCAUCAAAAACUGCACAGUGGCGGACGAGGGAGAGUAUGCUGCCUUUGCCGGAGACGACAAAUCCACAGCUGAGCUGAUCAUCAGCGAGGCUCCAACAGACUUUGACAUGCAGCUCAAAGACCAAACCAUCCCUGAAUUCGAAGACGCAGAGUUCACCUGCAAGCUGACCAAAGAGAAGGCUGAAGUUAAGUGGUACAGAGACGGACGUGAGAUCAGAGAAGGACCAAGAUACACAUUUGAAAAAGAUGGAAAGAUGUGCACCUUGCGUAUCAAGGAGUGCAGACCUGAUGAUGAGUGUGAAUACGCCUGUGGUGUGGAUGAGAAGAGAUCCAGAGCCAGGCUCUUUGUUGAUGAGGUCCCAGUAGAGAUCAUCAGACCGCCACAGGACGUGUUCGAGCCUCCAGGCACAGACGUUGUGUUUGAGGUGGAGCUCAACAAGGACAGAGUGGAAGUCAAAUGGCUGAGGAACAACAUGACUGUUGUCCAGGGAGACAAAUACCAGAUGGUGAGCGAAGGCAAAAUCCACAGGCUGCAGGUCUGUGAGAUCAGGCCUCGUGACCAGGGAGAGUACAGAGUUAUCGUCAAGGACAAGGAUGCCAAAGCCAAGCUGGAACUGGCAGCUGUGCCAAAAAUCAAGACCAUGGAUCAGAGCUAUGUGACAGAUGCUGGUAAGCCCAUCGUGAUGGCAGUUCCCUACAGCGCCUACCCCAAAGCCGAGGCAGACUGGCUGUACAACAACCUAAGCCUGCCCGCAGACAAUGUCCACACCUCUCUGGACUGUACCGAAUACCGCCUGAAGGACCCCAAGAAAUCCGACGAGGGACGCUACAAAAUCAUCAUCAAGAACAAACAUGGAGAAGGAGAGGCCUUCAUCAACCUGGAAGUUAUUGACGUUCCCGGGCCGGUGAAGAACCUGCAGGUGGUUGACACUGCCGACGGCGAGGUGAGCUUGGCCUGGGAGGAGCCAGAGAGCGACGGAGGAAGCAAAGUCAUCGGCUACGUGGUGGAGAGGCGCGAUGUGAAGCGUAAGACGUGGACUCUGGCCACCGAUCACGCCGAAAGCCCCGAGUACACGGUGACCGGCCUCCAGAGGGACUCCAUGUAUUUCUUCAGAGUCUGCGCCCGCAACAGAGUCGGCAGCGGACCUCUGGUGGAGACCGACAAACCUGUACAGGCAAAGAACAAGUUUGAUGUUCCUGAUGCACCACUGAACGUGAUUGUUGGAAACGUCACCAAGUUUGGCUGCACCGUGUCCUGGGAACCUCCCGAGUCGGAUGGCGGCUCUCCCAUCACUACCUACAUCAUCGAGCUGCGUGACCGGACGUCGGUGAAGUGGUCAGCCGUCCAGGUGACCAAACCUGAUGAGCUGAGCGCCGUUGUUAACGAUGUCAUCGAGAACAAAGAGUACAUCUUCAGAGUCAAGGCUGAGAACAAGGCUGGUGUUGGCAAACCCAGCGCCGCCUCUGCCCCUGUCAAGAUCAUGGACCCGAUCGAGCGUCCCAGCCCUCCUCUGAACCUGGUGUGGCAGGACCAGAACAAGAACUCGGUGCAGCUCACUUGGGAAACUCCUCUGAGGAAUGGCGGCAGCAUGAUCACCGGCUACAUCAUCGAACGCUGCGAGGACGGCACCGACAAGUGGCUCCGCUGCAACGCCAGGCUGUGCCCUGACCUCACCUACAAGGUCUCUGGUCUGAAGUUUGCUGCUAAGUACAACUACAGAGUGUUUGCUGAGAACGCCGCCGGCAUCUCGGACCCAUCCAACGUUAUCGGACCCCUGCUGGCUGAUGACCCACAUGUCGGUCCCACGUUGGACCUGAGCGGUUUUAAGGACGGCCUGGAGGUGAUUGUCCCCCACCCCCUCACCAUCCGAGUGCCCAUCACCGGGUACCCAACUCCCAGUGCCAAGUGGACCUUCGGAGAUAAGGAGCUGACCGCCGGCGAGCGUGUCUCCAUGGUGACCAAGUCGACCUUCACCGAGCUGGUGGUGACGCCCAGCGUGCGUCCGGAUCAGGGCACCUACUGCCUGACGCUGGAGAACGACGUGACCUCGGUGUCCGGGGAGAUCGAAGUCACUGUCAUCGCAUCUCCCAGUGCCCCGAAGGACCUCAAGGUGCAGGAGGUGACCAGGCAGCACGUCCACCUGACCUGGGAGCCUCCCGAGCACGAUGGAGGAAGUCCUCUGACCGGAUACCAGGUGGAGAAACGAGACGUGUCCCGCAAGACCUGGGUCAAGGUUGUCACCGGCAUUCAGGACCAGGAGUACACUGUGACUGACGUGGUGGAGGGGAAGGAGUACCUGUUCAGAGUCACCGCCUGCAACAAAUGUGGGCCCGGAGAGCCCGCCUACAUCGACGAGCCGGUCAACGUCUCGUCUCCUGCCACCGUCCCCGACCCACCGGAGAAUCUGAGGUGGAGAGACAAGUCUGCCAGCGGCAUCUUCUUGACCUGGGAGCCGCCCAAGUACGACGGUGGUGCCGGCAUCAAGGGCUACAACGUGGACCGCUGCCAGAGAGGAACCGACAAGUGGGAGGCCUGCGGAGACAUGGUGCCCGAGCUGAAGUGCCAGGUGACUGGUCUGACUGAAGGCCAGUGGUAUUCGUACAGAGUCAGAGCUCUGAACCGGCUGGGAGCCAGCAGGCCUUGCAAGGCCACCGACGAGAUCCUGGCUGUGGAUCCCAAAGAGGCUCCAGAGAUCCAGCUUGAUGCCAAGCUGCUGGCCGGCCUGACCGCCAAGGCCGGCAGCAAGAUCGAGCUCCCUGCUGAGGUGACAGGAAAGCCUGAGCCCCGCGUGAAGUGGACAAAGGCCGACCUGGUACUGAAGCCAGAUGACAGAGUCUCCAUCGACACCAAACCCGGACAUUCCACCGUCACCAUUGCCAAGACGAGGAGGGAUGACAGCUCCACCUACAUCAUCGAGGCCACCAACAGCAGCGGCCGCGCCACCGCCACUGUCGACGUCAAUAUUCUGGAUAAACCCGGUCCUCCGGCUGCCUUUGACAUCUCUGAGAUCACCAACGAAACCUGCUUCCUGGCCUGGAACCCUCCCCGAGAUGAUGGAGGCUCCAAAGUCACCAACUACAUCGUGGAGCGCAGAGCCGCCGACAGUGAGAUCUGGCACAAGCUUUCCUCCACCGUCAAACAAACCACGUACAAGGCUGUGGGCCUGGUCCGCUUCAAGGAGUACAUCUUCAGGGUCUUUGCCGAGAACCAGUUUGGUAUCGGCCCGGCAGCAGAACACCCCUCCAUCAUCGCCAGAUACCCCUUCGACACUCCUGGAGCUCCUUACAAGCUGGAGCCCUCGGACAUUGCCAAGGACUCGCUGACUCUGUCCUGGUACGAGCCUGAGGAGGAUGGAGGAAGCCCCAUCACGGGCUACUGGGUGGAGAGAUAUGAACCCGACCAUGACAGGUGGAUGAGGUGCAACAAACUGCCCAUCAAAGACACCAACUUCAGAGUGAAAGGUCUUCCCACCAGGAAGAAGUACAAGUUCAGAGUCCUGGCUGAGAACCUGGCUGGAACUGGAAAACCAAGCAAGGAGACUGACCCGAUCCUCGUCAAAGAUCCUAUCGAUCCUCCAUGGCCUCCUGGUAAACCCACGGUGAAGGACGUGGCAAAGACCUCCUGCUUCCUGAUGUGGACCAAGCCGGAGCACGACGGCGGCGCCAAGAUCGACGGGUACAUCAUCGAGAUGCUGAAGAGUGGAACGACGGACUGGAUCCACGUGGCCGACAAUAUUAACAUCCUGGAGCACUUCCUGAAGGGCCUGAUGGAGAAGCAGGAGUACUCCUUCAGGAUCAGAGCGGUCAACGUGGCCGGAGAGAGCGAACCCAGCGAGCCAAGUGACCCUGUGCUCUGCAAGGAGAGACUCAAUCCUCCCACUGCUCCUCGCUGGCUGGAGGUGGUCGGCAUCAGCAGGAACAGCGCUGACCUGAAGUGGACGGUCCCUGAGAGGGACGGCGGCUCCCCCAUCACCAACUACGUGGUGGAGAAGAGGGACGUCAGGCGUAAGGGCUGGCAGGCUGUGGACACCACCAUCAAGGAGCUGAAGUACACGGUGACUCCCCUCAACGAAGGCUCGCUGUAUGUGUUCCGCGUUGCUGCUGAGAACGCUGUGGGAGUCGGACCGUUCUGUGAGCUGGAGGACUCUGUGCUCGCUAAAGACACUUUCACCACUCCCGGGCCGCCCUACGCCCUCACUGUCCUUGGCGUGAGCAAGAGAUAUGUGGACCUGCAGUGGGAGGCACCUAAGAACGAUGGCGGCAGACCCAUCCUCAGAUACUCCAUUGAGAAGAAGGAGAAGCUGGGAACUCGCUGGGUGAAGUGUGGUAAGACCUCUGGCCCGGACUGUAAGUACAGAGUGACGGACGUCAUUGAGGGGACAGAGGUCCAGUUCCAGGUCUGUGCCGAGAACGAGGCCGGCGUUGGACACCCCUGUGAACCCACCGAGAUCCUGACCAUCGAAGAUCCAACAGGUGUCCCAUCGCCGCCCACUGAGCUGCAUGUGACUGGUGCCAGCCGUGACUUCCUGUCCAUUGCCUGGAAGCCUCCAGAGAGGGACGGUGGCAGCCCCAUCACCGGAUAUCACAUCGAGAUGUGCGAGGCGGGAACGGAGAAGUGGAUGCGGGUCAACUCCCGGGCCAUCAAGGAGCUGAAGUUACGCAUCGAGGAGGGCAUUGUCCCCGAGAAAGAGUAUGUCCUGAGAGUCCGAGCCAUCAACGCCGUCGGGGUCAGUGAACCCUCGGACAUCUCCGAGAACGUCUUUGCCAAGGACUCCGAUUGCAACCCAACCCUGGAGUUUCAGACUCUGGACCUGGUGGUGGUGGAAACCGAGAAGAUGCACAUCCCAGUUCCCUUCAGAGCUGUUCCAUCUCCGAAGAUCACCUGGCACAAAAACGGAAAGGAGCUGAAGGCAGACGAGCGCCUGGCCUUCAGGUCUGAGUACACCUCCUGUCACCUGGAGGUUGACAGCUGUCUGCAUGCUGAUGCAGGACAGUACAAAGUCACUCUGGAAAACAAGCUGGGAGCCGCCAGUGCCACAAUCAACGUCAAAGUCAUCGGCCUUCCUGGUCCCUGUAAGGAGAUCGUUGCCUCUGAGAUUACCAAGAGCUCCUGUAAAGUGUCCUGGGAUCCUCCGGAUUAUGAUGGCGGCAGCCCAAUCCUGCACUACGUCCUGCAGCGCCGUGAGGCCGGCAGGAGGACAUACGUCAACAUGAUGUCAGGAGAGAACAAGGUGAGCUGGCCCGUGAAGGACCUCAUCCCCAACGGAGAGUACUACUUCAGAGUCCAAGCCGUCAACAAGAUCGGAGGAGGAGAAUUCAUCGAGCUCCGCAACCCCGUCAUUGCAGAGGACCAGAAACACUCCCCCGACCCACCGGUGGACGUGGAAACCCACAACCCCACGUCCUCGACCAUCACACUGACCUGGAAGCCGCCCAUGUACGAUGGCGGCACCAAGAUCAUGGGCUACAUCCUGGAGAAGCUCCAGAAGGGCGAGGACAAGUGGGAGAGGUGCAAUGACUUCCUGGUUCCCGUGCUGUCCUACACUGUCAGAAACCUGACGGAGGGCAAGAACUACCAGUUCAGAGUCAAAGCCGAGAACGCUGCCGGUGUCAGCGAGCCAUCACGCAGCACGCCAUUUGUCAAGGCCUCAGACGCCGUUGAUCCUCCUAAGGUGUUCCUCAGUGGCAGUCUGCAGUCCGGUCUGACCAUCAAGAGAGGCUGUGAGAUCUGCCUGGACGCCAACAUCUCCGGAUCCCCGUACCCCGAGAUCACCUGGUACUGGAACAACCAGGUGAUCCGGCCUGAGGCUCUCAGGAAGAGACCCGAGAGACCCCUGAAGAAGAAGAAGAAAGAGGAACUGGCAGUGGCCGAGCCCGAGGUGGAGGAGUCCGACUACCCGACGCUGAAUGAGCGACUGACCAUCAACAACAGCAGGAGGGGCGAGUCCUCCGCUGUUGUCAAGGACACCAUCCGCGGCGACCACGGUGUCUACAUGAUCAAGGUAGAGAACGACCACGGCAUCGCCUCGGCCACCUGUGAAGUCAACGUACUGGACACCCCCGGGCCUCCAGUGAACUUCCGUUUUGAGGAGGUCAGAAAGAACUCUGUGAUCUGCAAGUGGGACCCUCCUGUGGAUGACGGCGGCAGCGAGAUCCUCAACUACACGCUGGAGAAGAAGGACAACUCCAAGCUCGAGAUUGGCUGGAGCAGCGUCACCUCCACGCUGCGCGGCUGCCGCUACCUGGUGCCCAAACUCCUCGAGAAGAAGGAGUACAUCUUCAGAGUCGUGGCCGAGAACAAGUUUGGCGCCGGCCCACCCUGCGUCUCCAAACCGCUCAUCGCCAAGAAUCCUUUCGAUCCUCCCGAGGCUCCUGAUAAGCCAGAGAUCGAUGACAUCACCGCCCACAGCAUGCUGGUGUCCUGGAACGCACCCGAGGACAACGGCAGCCCCAUCCUGGGUUACUGGGUGGAGCGCCGUGAGAUCAACAGCACGCACUGGGCCCGAGUCAACAGGAACAUCGUUCCCGACACGGAGCUGAAUGUGGAGGGGCUGCUGGAGGGGCUCACCUACAUCUUCAGAGUCGCAGCUGAAAACCAGGCCGGGCCCGGGAAGUUCAGUGUCCCGUCCGACCCCAAGACCGCCCAGGCACCCAUCCUGCCUCCUGGACCUCCUGUCGCCAGAGUUGCUGACACCACCGACCACUCCAUCGACGUGGAGUGGGACCCCCCUGCCGACAACGGAGGAGGAGAGAUUCUGGGAUACCAUGUCGACAAGGCGAUGGCCGGCACCAAGGACUGGUCCCGAGCCACCGAGCGGCUCUGGAAGACCCGGGCCUUCACUGUGUACGGCGUUCGAGAGGGAGCCAAGUACAUGGUCCGAGUCAUCGCCUCCAAUGCCGCUGGCGAGGGAGCACCCGGCUUCACUGAGGCCGUGUUCGUCAGGAACCCUGCAGAGAUUCCGGUGAUCGAGCUGGACCUGUCCGUCAAGAACGGCGUGGUCAUCAGAGCCGGAGAGAACCUGCGCGUGCCCGCCACCGUCACCGGAAGGCCGAAGCCGUCCAUCACCUGGAUGAAGGAUGACGCCAAACCAGACAAGGAGCGCGUGGAGAUCAUCGAGGACGGCAACGAGAGCAUCGUCUCCAUCAAGAACGUCCAGAGGAAGGACUGCGGAAAGUACCAGAUCAGCGCCUGCAACCCCAGCGGCACCAAAUCUGCCUGGACCAGAGUGGAAGUCAUGGACGUACCCGGGCCAGUCACCGACCUGAAGCCCGUGGUUGUCACCCGCAAGAUGAUCUUCCUGAACUGGGACGACCCCGAGGAUGAUGGAGGCAGCGACAUAAUGGGCUUCAUCGUGGAGAGGAGAGAUGCCAAGAUGCACACAUGGCGGCAGCCCGUGGAAACCGCCUCCUCCAAGUGCGAGUGCGUCGGCAUCAUGGAGGGACAGGAUUACAUGUUCCGCGUCAUCGCCAAGAACAAGUACGGCAUGGGCCCACCCGUCGAGCUGGGACCCAUCAAGGCCGUGGACCCACAAGGCCCCCCCUCCUCCCCUGAGAAGUUCCACUACACCGAGCGGACCAAGAACUCCAUCACGCUGGCCUGGAAGCCGCCUCGCAACGACGGCGGCAGCCCCAUCAUCGGGUACUUUGUGGAGAAGAAGCGUCAGGACCAGCAGGCCUUCGAGCCCUGCAACACUGAGAUCUGCCCCAACCAGACGCUGACGGUGGAGGGUCUGGACGAGGCCUGGAUGUAUGAGUUCAGAAUCAAGUGCACCAACCUGAUGGGAGAGAGCGAGCCGUCCAUCCCGCUGACGGUGGUCAUUCAGGACGAUGAGGUGGCUCCCGAGAUCCACAUGCUGAAGCACUUCAAGGGCGACUCCAUCACUGUGAAGAAGGGCGAGCCCAUCGAGAUCCCCGCCGACAUCCUCGGCCUGCCCAUCCCCAAGGUGGAAUGGUCCAAGGACGAUGUGGUGAUCGACAAGCCAUCCGAGACGCUGCUGCUGGAGACGGUGGAGACGGGCAGGAUGAACUGCAAGACCACGCUGUCCAUCCCGACCGCCAACAGGAGGGACAAGGGCACCUACACUGUUUCUGCCUCCAACAACAUGGGCUCAGCCAGCCACAGUGUGACCAUCAUGGUGCUGGACCGGCCGCUGCCCCCCAGGAACCUCACAGUGUCCAACAUCAAGGCGGAGUCCUGCUACCUCCACUGGGAGGCACCGCAGGACGACGGCGGCAGCGAGCUGACCAACUACAUCGUGGAGAAGAAGGAGGUGGCCCCGCCCGAGCCGCAGUGGGAGGAAGUCACUAGCAGCAUCAUCGAGAGGAAAUACGGGGUGUGGAACCUGGAGACCAACAAGACAUACAUGUUCCGGGUCAAAGCCGAGAACCGCUACGGCAGGUCCGACCCCUGCAUGACGGAGGAGAUCCAGAUCAAGGAUCCCUUCGGCCUGCCCGGGCCGCCUGAGAAACCCAAGAUCACAGAGUACUCGAAGACGUCCAUGACGCUGACCUGGGAGCCCCCCAGAGAGACCGGCGGCUCCAUGAUCACCGGGUACUGGCUGGAGAAGAGGGAGAAGGGCACCGCUUACUGGGCCCGGGUCAACAAGGCACCCAUCACCAAGCGAGGCAUGAAGGGCUGGGAGUACCAGGUGACUCGUCUGAUCGAGGGAACGGAGUACGAGUUCAGGGUCGCCGCCUGCAAUGCCGCAGGAACCGGACCGUUCAGCCAACCGUCUGACUCCGCCUUCGCCGUCGACCCCCUGACUCCUCCCAGCAUGCCUGCUGCCCCUGUUGUGGCCGAUAAGAACAAGCACAGCGUCAAGUUGGCCUGGACGCCGCCGGAGAGGGACGGAGGAAGUCCCAUCAAGGGCUACAUCAUCCAGAUCCAGGACGAGGGCACGUCAAGCUGGGUGAGCAUCAACGAUGCCGACAGCCUCCACCCCACCACCGAGUUCACCGUGCCGAGCCUCCGGGAGCUCAAACGCUACCGCUUCAGGAUCAUCGCCGUCAAUGAUAUCGGAGAGUCCGACCCCAGCCCGCGCACCAGCGAGGUCCUGGUGGAGGACGUGCACGUUGAGCCCAAGCUCACCCUGGACAUGAUAGCCGAUGAGCUGCUGUGCGUCCGAGCCGGAGAUCCGUUCAAGAUCCCCGUCAUCAUCGCCGGCCGGCCUGUUCCCAAGGUGACCUGGGACUUUGACGGCAAAGCCAAGAAACACAAGAAGAACAAGCUGCACACGCUGCCGGUGGACUCCGAGAUCGAGUCGACCGACACAACGUCGACCGUGACCGUCCCAGUCAGUCUGAGGAGCCACUCGGGACGCUACACCGUCACCGCCAAGAACAAGUCCGGCCAGAAACACAUCAACAUCCGGGUCAACGUCCUUGACGUCCCUGGGCCUCCCAAAGACCUGAAGGUGACAGACAUUACCCGAGCCACCAUGAGGCUGAUCUGGAAACUGCCAGACAAUGACGGAGGAGAGAGAAUCAAGAGCUACUACAUCGAGAAGAAGUGUGUCACUGACAAGGCCUGGACCAAGGUGAACGCAGCCUGUGCCAGCCAGGCCUUCGUGGUUCCCGGCCUGCUGGAGGGUCAGGAUUACCUCUUCAGGGUCCGGGCGGAGAACAGACUGGGCUUCGGACCGUACACUGUCACCAGUGAACCCGCCAGGGCCAGAGACCCCAUCUACCCCCCUGACCCCCCCACCAAGGUGAAGGUGAACCUGGUGACGAAGGACACCGUCACUCUGACCUGGGAAGCUCCCAAAAACAACGGUGGCUCGCCGGUGAAGCAUUACAUCAUCGAGCGGCUGAGCUGGGACACGAGCGGCAAGGAGAAGGAGACGUGGAAGCAGUGCAACAAGAGAGACGUGGAGGAGCUCACCUUCGUGGUGGAGGACCUGAAGGAGGGAGGAGAAUAUGAGUUCAGAGUGAAGGCCGUCAACGCAGCCGGGCCCAGCCGACCCUCCGCCACCGCCGGGCCGCUCGUCAUCAAGGACCAGACAUGCGCUCCCACCAUCGAGCUCCGCGAGGCCAUCGAGGGCGAGGAGGGAUGUGACGUCAGCAUGGUGGCCAAGGUGAGUGGCUGCCCCUUCCCCACGCUGUCCUGGCAGAAGGCCAGCCUGGCCAAACCCGAGGAGAAGGCGCCGGUCCAGUACGACCAGCACGUCAACAAACUGGUGAGCCAGGACAAGUGCACGCUGCUGGUCCAGCAGUCCAGACGGGAUGACAGCGCCGUCUACACGCUGACCGCCACCAACAGCCUGGGCACGACCUCCAAGGACAUCAAGCUCACCGUGCUGGGCCGGCCUGGCCCACCCGUCGGACCCAUCAAAUUCACCGAGGUGUUUGCCGAGAGGAUCGGCCUGUCCUGGGGCCCUCCCAAAGAUGACGGUGGGUCCAAGAUCACCAACUAUGUCAUUGAGAAGCGCGAGGAUAACAGGAAGUCCUGGGUCCACGUCACCGAUGACCCCAAGGAGUGCGCCUACGUGGUGACCCGGCUGACGGAGAAUCACGAGUAUGAGUUCAGAGUCAUGGCCCAGAACAAGUUCGGAGUCGGACCGCCUAUCACUAGCGAGCCCGAGAAGGCCAGGAAUCUCUUCACUGUCCCAGGCCAGUGUGAGAAGCCCACAGUGACCGAGGUCUGCCUGGAGUCCAUGACUGUCAACUGGGAUGAGCCCAAGUACGAUGGCGGCUCCUCCAUCACCGGAUACUUCAUUGAGAAGAAGGAGACGACCGGCAAGCGCUGGACCCGGGUCACCCGCGACCCCAUCCGAGCUCUGCCACUGGGCAACAACUGGGACGUCACCGGCCUCCUGGAGGGAGCGCUGUACCAGUUCAGGGUCAUUGCCGUCAACGCCGCCGGCUGCGGCCUGCCGAGCAUGCCCUCUGACCCCGUGCUCUGCAGAGACCCCAUCCAGCCACCUGGCCCCCCCACCCCCAAGGUGACGGACUGGACCAAGUCCACGGUGGACCUGGAGUGGAUCCCUCCCCUGGUGGAUGGAGGCUCCAAGGUGACGGGUUACAUUGUGGAGUACAAGGAGGAGGCCGAGGUGGAAGAAUGGCAGAAGGCUAAAGACAAAGAGAUCAGAGGAACUAAGUUUGUGGUUGCAGAGCUGAAGGAAGGCGGUUUGUACCGGUUCAGAGUCCGGGCCGUCAACGCCGCUGGGGUGGGAGAGCCGGGAUACGUCUCCGAGAUGAUCGAGGUCAAGGACCGGACAAUUCCUCCUGAGAUGGACCUGGACGCCUCGGUGAAGGAGAAGAUCGUGGUCCACGCCGGCGGCACUAUCCGCAUCAUUGCCUACGUCUCUGGUAAGCCCGCCCCAAAGAUCAGCUGGACUCGCGACGACGCCGAGGUGCCCAAGGAGGCCGUAGUGGAGACCACCGGCAUCUCCAACUCACUGAUCAUCAAGAACUGCAGGCGCCAGCACCAGGGCAUCUACACACUGAGUGCCAAGAACGAGGGAGGAGAGAGGAAGAAGGCCAUUAUUGUGGAGGUUCUGGACGUUCCUGGGCCGGUCGGCCUCCCCUUCGCCGGUGAGAACCUGACCACUGACUCCUGCAAGCUGACAUGGUAUUCCCCCGAGGACAACGGCGGCUCUGCCAUCACUAACUACAUCAUCGAGAAGAGAGAGUCGGACCGCAUGGGCUGGACCUCGGUGUCCUACACGGUGACGAGGAACAACGCCGUCGUCCAGGGGCUCAUCGACGGCAAGGGUUACUUCUUCAGAAUCGCCGCUGAGAACAUCAUCGGCAUGGGACCGUUCAUCGAGACAGACAAGAUGGUGCUGAUCAAGGACCCGAUCUCCGUCCCGGAGCGUCCAGAGGACCUGGAGGUCACCGCCAUCACCAAAGACUCCAUUUCGGUCUCCUGGAGGCCGCCCAAGUAUGACGGUGGUGCCGAGGUCACCUCGUACAUCCUGGAGUCCCGUCUGAUCGGCAAGGACAACUUCAGCCGCAUCGGCGGAGAGGACAAGCUGAUGGAGAGGAAGUUCACGCACAGCGGGCUGAAGGAGGGAUCCAGCCACGAGUUCAGAGUCUCGGCCGUCAACCAGGUCGGACAGGGCAAGCCGUCCUUCUGCACCAAACCCAUCCAGUGCAAGGAGGAGCUGGAACCUCCCACUUUGGACCUGGACUUCAGAGACAAGAUGAUGGUGAAGGUUGGCGACAUCUGCACGCUGCAGGGCCGCUACUCCGGCAAGCCGGCCCCCGCCAUCACCUGGACCAAGAAUGACGAGGAGCUGAAGGCGGACGAGGAGAUCAGCCUCCACCACACCACCCGGCAUCUCAACAUGACCAUCAGCAAGGCCAAGAGGGAACACAGCGGCCGCUACUGCAUCAACGUGGAGAACGCCGUGGGAACGCGCAAGGGAAUCUGCACCGUCACUGUCGUCGACCGUCCUCAGCCUCCCGAAGGCCCCGUGGUGUUUGACGAGGUCUACAGAAACUACAUGGUGAUCUCCUGGAAUCCUCCUCUGGACGACGGAGGCUGCGCCAUCUCCAACUACAUCAUCGAGAAGAGAGACACCAACCGGGACCUGUGGAUGCCCGUCACCUCGUCUUGCACCAGGACAACUUGCCGGGUGCCGAAGCUGAUCGAGGGUCGUGAGUACAUCAUCAGGAUCAUGGCUCAGAACAUCUACGGCAUCAGCGACCCCCUGCUGUCUGCUGAGACCAAGGCCAGGGAUGUCUUCAGGGUGCCAGAUGCUCCUAAACAGCCUGUGGUGAAGGAGGUUUACCACGACACCGCCCUCAUCAGCUGGGAGCCUCCUGCAGACGGAGGGAAACCAAUCACUGGAUAUAUUGUCGAGAGAAAAGAAACUAUGGCCAACAGGUGGUUCCGCUGCAACACGGAGCGUAUCUAUCCCAAAGUGGAGUACUGGGUCCAGGAGCUGCUGCAGGGCUGUGAAUAUGAGUUCAGAGUCAGUGCAGAGAACGUGGUGGGAGCGGGAGACCCCAGUCCCCCCUCCAAACCUGUGUUUGCUAAAGAUCCAAUCGUGAUCCCCGGCCCACCAAUUAACCCUGAGGCCAUCGACUGGACCAAGGAGUCUGUGUCUCUGUCCUGGCAGCCUCCUAAAGACACUGGCAGAGGAAAGAUCUUCGGCUACCUUCUGGAAUACCAGAAGGCUGGAGAGGAGGAGUGGAUCAAGGUAAAUCAGACCCCAGACUCCUGCCAGGAGACCAAGUUCAAAGUGAUCAACCUGGACGAGGGAGCUCUGUACCGCUUCAGGGUCAUGGCCGUCAAUGCUGCCGGAGAGUCUGAGCCUGCUUACGUCAAGGAGCCCAUCAGAACUCAGGACAGACUCGAGCCCCCAGAGCUGUUGCUGGAUGCCGGCAUGACCCGUGAGGUGAAGGCCAUGGCUGGAACCCAUAUCACUCUGAUGGCUGCUAUCAAGGGCAAGCCCUUCCCCACUGUCACAUGGAAGAAGAACGAUGCUGAGGUGCCAACCAGGGCUGACAUCGAGACCAACCAGGCUGGCACCAAGCUGGAGAUGAGGUUCUGUAACCGUGGCGACUGUGGAGACUACACCCUGACUGUGGAGAACCCAGCCGGGUCCAAGACCGUCACCUGCACUGUGCUGGUCCUUGACAAACCUGGUCCCAUCCAGCACCUGCGGGUGUCUGAUGUGAGGAGUGACUCUGCCUACCUGUCCUGGAAGGAUCCUGAGGAUAACGGUGGUGUUCGCAUCACUAACUUUGUUGUGGAGAAGAAGGACACUGCAGCGACUCAGUGGGUCCCUGUCUGCUCCUCCUCCAAGAAGCGCAGCAUCAUGCUGAAGCACCUGAUGGAGGGAACCUCUUACAUGUUCAGAGUGGCUGCUGAGAACCAGUAUGGCAGGAGUGAAUAUGUUGAAACCCCCAAGGCCAUCAAAGCCAUGAAUCCACUCUUCCCUCCUGGUCCUCCCAAGGAUCUGCACCAUGUUGAUGUGGACAAGACCGAAGUGUGGCUGGUCUGGAACUGGCCUGAUCGGAAUGGAGGAAGUGAAAUCACUGGCUUCUUUGUUGAGUAUCAAGAAGAAGGAGAGAGGGAGUGGGAUGAGUGGAAGACUGUCAGCAUCCCUGAGAGUCACGUGACCGGCCUGGAGGAAGGAAAGACUUAUCGUUUCCGAGUAAGGGCUGAGAACGCCAUCGGCCUCAGCAGACCUGAUACUACCGUCCCCAUCCUCUGCCAGGAGAAACUGGUGCCUCCCAUCCUUGAGGUGGACGCUAAGUUGACAGAUGGCAUUAUCGUCAAGGCUGGCACCACCAUCAGGCUGCCUGCUAUUAUGAGAGGAAUCCCGGUGCCCACUGCUAAGUGGUCCAUCGAGGGCGAGGAAAUCACCAGCGAAGGCAAUGUCAAGAUCGACACUGACAACUUCUCCACUGUGCUCAGUAUCAAUGAGUGCACAAGGAACCACACCGGCAGCUACUUGCUGACUGUGUCCAACCCAGCCGGAACCAAGACAGUGGCCAUGAAUGUGACUGUUUUGGAUGUUCCUGCUGCUCCAAUCGGCCCUGUCAACAUCCUUGAGGUCACUCCUGAUUCCAUGUUAAUUGAAUGGCGUCCACCCAAAGAUGAUGGCGGCAGCCCUGUCACCAACUACAUCGUGGAGAAGAGAGAGUCCAACAAGGAGACCUGGGGAGGCGUGAGCUCUGGCAGCACUGCCACCAAACUAAAGAUCUCUCGCCUCCAGAAGGGAGUGGAGUAUGUGGUUCGUAUUCGUGCAGAAAACAAGAUGGGUAUCGGAGCUCCUCUGGAGAGCAAGCCCACUGUGGCCCAGCACUCAUUCUUGCCACCUAGCCAACCCGGUAAGCCGCAGACCUCUGACAUUACAGAGGAUGCUGUUACAGUCGGCUGGACCAUGCCCCUGUCUGAUGGUGGCAGCCAAAUCACUGGCUACCUUAUUGAACGUAGACACAAGGGAGGAAAGUGGAUCCGUGUGAACAAGACACCUUGCAAGGACCUGAGGUACAGAGUCAUGGGGCUGUUUGAAGGCAACGAUUACGAGUUCAGAGUCUUUGCAGAGAAUAUUGCUGGAUUCAGUGGUCCUUCGCCCAUCUCUGACCCCUGCAAGCCAUGCAGGCCCAUCACUGUCCCCAGCCCUCCUGUCAACCCCAAAGUUAAAGACUAUAGCAAGAUCACUGCUGACCUGGUGUGGACCAAACCCACCAGAGACGGAGGUAGCCCCAUCCUUGGCUACACAGUGGAGAUGAAGAGGGCUGAUACUGAAGAGUGGAAGAAGGUCAACCUAGAUGACUUCAUCAAGCAAUGCGCCUUCAGAGUGAAGGGUCUGGAGGAGGGCGUUGAGUACAGGUUCCGCGUCCGUGCCACCAACAUGAUUGGAGACGGAGAGCCCAGAGAAGUCCCAGAGUCCAUCACUGCUCAGGAUAUUCUCAUCCCCCCAGAGAUUGAGAUGGAAGCCACCUGCCGUGAGCGUGUCACUGUACGUGUGGGACAUAACGUUAACAUCAUUGGAUACGUCAGGGCCCGUCCUGACCCUGAGGUCCUCUGGUCUAAGGAAGAGACUGUUCUGGAGAACAGCAAGCGCGUCACCAUCAUUCAGAACUUCCCUGUGGUCCAUUUGAGGAUCAAGGAGGCCACCAGGGCCGACCACGGCAAGUACAACCUAAAGGUUUCAAAUGAGGGUGGCGAGGCCUCCUGCAACAUCACAGUCAAUGUGCUGGACAGACCCAGCCACUGCCAGAACCUCCACACGACCUAUGUCACCAAAGACUCCUGCAUGGUCAAUUGGGAGGCUCCCAAGGACAAUGGUGGGUCUGAGAUCACCAACUACAUUGUAGAGUGCCGUGAGCCCAGCGUAAGCAUGUGGUCCAUGAUCUCAUCCGAUUGCACCAACCGCAAAAUAAAGGCCAAGCUAAUGGAGGGACACGAGUACCUUUUCCGAGUCUGUGCUGAGAACAAGAUGGGCCCUGGCCCUGCUCUGGAGACCAAGACCCCUGUCUUGGCCAUUGACCCCAUUGAUAAACCCGGGGAGCCUGAGAACUUCAGGGUCACAGACGUUGGCAAGAACUUUGUCCAUCUCAAAUGGAGGAGGCCAGACUACGAUGGUGGCAGCCCCAACAUUUCCUACAACCUAGAGUGCAAGUCCAAAGAUGCAGAGGAGUGGGAGAAACUGAACACUGGACCACUCAUCAACACUUUCUUCCUGGCCGACAAGUGCAUUGAGAACCAGACAUACACCUUCAGGGUGCAGACCGUCACUGAAGGUGGUGAGAGUGCUUGGGUGAAGCUGACCGAUAUCUUGGUGAAGGAAGAGAUCCAGAAGCCUGUGCUUGACCUGAAGGUGACUGGAACUGUGACAGUGAAGGCUGGAGAGUCAGUGAGAAUGGAGGCUAGCCUGAGAGGAAAGCCACAGCCUGAGGUUAAAUGGGUAAAGGACAAAGCCACUGGAGACAACCCCAGACUCAGCUACGAGACUGGCCCUGACUACUCCAAGUUCCUCAUGACCAAGUCCAGACGCACAGACACUGGAAAGUACAUCAUCACCGCCACUAACACAGCCGGCACCUUCACAGCAUAUGCCAACGUUAAUGUUUUGGAUAUUCCUGGCCCGGUGAGGGACCUCAAGAUCUCGGGCAUUGGAGCUGACAAGUGCAGAGUGGUGUGGGAUCCUCCAGAGGACGAUGGAGGCUGUGAGGUGGACAGCUACAUCCUGGAGAAGUGUGAGACCAGGAGGAUGGUCUGGUCUACCUACUCUGCCUCUGUUGUAACUUCUUACUGCAAUGUCACCCGUCUGGUGGAGGGCAACGAGUAUAUCUUCAGGGUGAGGGCUGAGAACAAGAUGGGAACUGGCCCUCCCAUGGAGAGCAAACCCGUCACUGUCAGGACUCAGUUCAACAAACCUGGUCCACCUGAGGCCCCUGAGGUCACUAAGGUGAGUAAAGACGAGAUGACUGUGGUCUGGGCUCCUCCUGAGAACGACGGAGGAAAGUCCAUCACCGGCUACAUCCUGGAGAGGAAGGAGAAGAGAGCAGUGCGCUGGGUGCCCUGCACCAAGAGCCCCAUCUCUGAGAGACGCAUGAAGGUUGCCAACCUCAUUCCCAACCACGAGUACCAGUUCAGAGUCAAGGCCGAGAACGAGGUCGGCCUUGGAGAGCCCAGCAAGCCCUGCAGACCCGUCGCAGCCAAAGAUCCUAUUGAGCCCCCCGGCCCCCCCGCAGGCCUGAAGGUGGCCGACAGCACCAAGAACUCAAUCACCUUGGGCUGGUCCAAGCCCGUCUACGAUGGCGGAGCUCCCAUCAUUGGCUACAGCCUGGACAUGAGGCUGAAGAGUGAGGCGGACCCUGAGAAACCCUCAGAGGGCUGGAAGAGGAUCGACACCCGCGGCCCGCUGGUCCUCACGGAGUUCACCAUCAGCCAGCUGGACGAGAAGCAGGAGUACGAAUUCAAGGUCUCCGCCCAGAAUCAGGUGGGCUGGGGUCGCCACGCCUACCUGAAGGAGGCUGUCUCACCCAAGGAGAUCCUGGAGGCUCCAGAAAUUGAACUGGAUGCCAGUCUGAGGAAGGGCCUGGCUGUCAGGGCUGGCUGUCCAAUCAGGCUGUUUGCCAUCAUCCGAGGAAGACCCGCCCCCAAGGUGACCUGGAAGCGUCUGGGCGUGGACAACGUGGUCCGCAGAGGUCACGUGGACCAGGUGGACACCAUGUCCUUCCUCGUCAUCCCCGAGAGCACCAGAGAGGAUUCUGGGAAAUACUCCCUGACACUGUCCAACUCGGCCGGAGAGAAGGCUGUGUUUGUCCGUGUCAAAGUCUUGGACACCCCUGGACCCGUCGGUGGCCUGGAGGCAAAUGACAUUACCAAGACGACGGCUCAGCUGUCCUGGUCUCCGCCAGAGAAUGACGGCGGCAGCCCCAUCCUCAACUACAUCGUGGAGAAACGUGAGGUGGACAGGAAGACCUGGACCAAGUGUAUCGAGGACUUGAAGAAGACCAGCUUCAAGGUCACCAACAUGACUCCUGGCAUCGAGUACUACUUCAGAGUCAUGGCCUGCAACAAGUAUGGCAUCGGCGUUCCUCAGGACUCGCCCAAGUCCUACCUGGCGGUGGAUCCCAUCAGUGAGCCCGACCCUCCCAAGAAGAUGGACGUGUUGGAGAUCACUAAGAACAGUGCCACACUCGGCUGGCUGAAGCCCCUCAGGGACGGAGGAGCCAAGAUCAACGGCUACGUGGUGGACUACCAGGAGGAGGGCACUCCUGAGGGCAAGUGGACGCCGUACUCGGUGGUCAAAGACCUGACCAUUGUGGUGGUUGGCCUGAAGGAGGGAACCAAGUACAGGUUCAGAGUGGCUGCCAGGAACUCGGUGGGCGUCAGCUUGGCCAGAGAGGCAGAGGGCGUGUUCGAGGUCAAGGAGCAGCUCAUGGCUCCUAAGAUCAUCAUGCCUGACAUCGUGACGUUCAGAGCCGGAUCCAAGAUGGUGGUGGAGGCGAUCGUGGCUGGCAAACCUCCUCCAUUCUGCAAGUGGAGGCAGGGCAGCGAGGACGUCCUGACCUCGGACCGCCUGUCCGUGGUGAAGACGUUGACCUCCUGCACCCUCAUCAUCAAGAACCUGACCCGGAAGGACAGCGGCUACUACAGCCUGUCAGCUGAGAACAGCACCGGCAAGAUCAACCAGAUCCUGCGAGUCAUCGUCAUGGACAUCCCUGGACCUCCUGAAGGUCCUCUGGAGGUCACUGAGCUGGACAUCGACGCCUGCACGCUCCUCUGGAACUCCCCUCAGGAGGACGGAGGCAGCAACAUCACCAACUACAUCGUGGAGAAGUGCGACGUCAGCCAGGGAGACUGGGUGACCGUCUCCAGCUCCUGCACCAAGACCAGCUUCAGGGUGACCAAACUGACUCAAGGCAAAGAGUACGGCUUCCGCGUCCGUGCAGAGAACAGGUUCGGCAUCUCCGAGCCCAUCUACUCCGAGAAGAUGAUCGCCAGACAUCCAUUUGAUCCUCCCAGUGAGCCCAGGAACUUGCAGAUCAACAAGAUCAAUAAGGACUACGUGAUCCUGUCGUGGGAGCGGCCCAGCAGCGACGGCGGCAGCCCAAUCACCGGCUACUGCAUCGAGAGGAAAGAGAGGAACAGCCUCCUGUGGGUCAAAGCCAACGAGUCGGUGGUCAAGGCCACCCAGUACACCUGCUCGGGGCUGAUUGAGGGCCUGGAGUACACCUUCAGAGUGUCUGCGCUCAACCUGGCGGGACAGGGCAAACCCUGCAAACAGACCGACUUCAUCACUGCCAGGACCGCCGUUGACCCGCCAGGCAAACCAGAGCCGAUGGAUGUGACCAAGAACUCCGUCUCCUUGGUGUGGAGCCGGCCCAGGCACGAUGGAGGCAGCAAGCUGAUUGGCUACUACGUGGAGUACACCAAGCUGCCAGAGGAGAAGUGGACCCGCUGCAACACCAACUGCAUGAACAUCCAAACUGAGGACUACGUGGUGACGGGCCUGGAGGAGGGAGCACAGUACCAGUUCAGAGUCAUCGCCAAGACCGCCAUCAACAUCAGCCUGCCCUCCGAGCUGUCCGACCCCAUCCCAGUCAUCGCUGAGAACGUUCCACCCCGCGUGGAUCUGGGUGUCAACAUGAAGACCCUGAUAGUGGUGAAAGCCGGAGAGAACAUUUUCUUGGACGCCGAGGUGUUUGGCAAGCCUCUGCCCAAGGUGAGCUGGAAGAGAGACGGAGCUCCGCUGGUCCUGGCCGAGGGAAUGAAGAUGAGCCAGAAGAAACAUGUCCACCUGCUGGAGCUCUACUCCGUCACCAGGAAAGAGUCCGGAGACUAUACCAUCACCGCCGAGAACAUCAAUGGCACCAAGUAUGCCACCAUCAAGGUCAAGGUGCUAGACAAACCGGGCCCCCCAGCAUCGGUGAAAAUAAGCAAGGUGUUUGCUGACCGAGUCAAGCUGAGGUGGGAGCCCCCUCUGGCAGAUGGUGGCUCUGAAAUCACUAACUACAUCAUCGAUAAGAGAGAGACCAGCAGGGCCAACUGGGCGCUGGUCACCUCCAACAUCCACGGCCACUUCACCGACUGCUCCGUGGAGAAGCUCAUCGAGGGACACGAGUACCAGUUCAGAGUCAGUGCUGAGAACCAGUAUGGAGUGGGAGAUGCCAUCAUGACUGACCCCGUCAUGGUCAAAAACCCAUACGAUGUGCCUGGUCCUUGCGACCCUCCGGUCAUCACCAACAUCACCAAGGACUCCAUGACAGUCAGCUGGAAGGCACCGGCCAAUGACGGCCGAGCCACCAUCCUCGGCUACAUGGUGGAGAAGCGCGAGGCCACCGAGCUGACGUGGGCCAAGGUCAACCGCAAGCCAGUGAUCGACAGAACCAUCAAGGCAAACCAGCUGACUGAGGGCUCAGAGUACGAGUUCAGAGUUAUUGCCAUAAACAAGGCUGGUUUGGGUAAACCCAGUGACGCAUCCAAUGCUGCCCUCGCCGUGGACCCCGUCUAUCCCCCCGGACCUCCUGCCUUCCCCAAGGUGGUGGAUUCCACAAAGAGCAGCAUCAGUCUGACUUGGACCAAACCAGCGUACGAUGGUGGGUGUGAGAUUAUCGGCUACCUGGUGGAGUGCAAGAGAGCCGAAGCUGAAGACUGGAUGAAGUGUAAUGUUCCCAAAAAGCUUCAGGCCACCAAGUUCCUGGUGACCGGCCUGAUGGACAGCACAGAGUACCAGUUCAGAGUCACUGCUGUCAACAAGAUUGGAUUCAGUGAGCCCAGUGAGGUUCCUGGGAACCACAUGGCCAAGGACAUCCUCAUUGCUCCUGAGGCUGAGCUGGACGCUGAGCUGCGUAAAGCCCUGGUGCUGAGAGCCAGAGUCACCAUGAGACUCUAUGUUCCCCUAAGAGGACGACCAGCACCCAAAGUCACCUGGACCAAGGUGGAUGCCAACCUUAAAGAGAGGCAGGGUCUGCUGAUCAAGACAUCAGACUGGGACACCCUGCUGAUGAUCGAGGACGUCAACAGAUACGAUGCAGGAAAAUACGUUCUCACCCUAGAGAACAGCAGCGGCUCCAAGAGCUACACCAUUGUUGUCAAAGUCCUCGACUCUCCUGGACCUCCAGUGAACCUGAUUGUCAAGGAGACCUCCAGAAGCCACGCCUGCAUCACCUGGGAUGCUCCUCUGAUCGAUGGCGGCGGCCCCGUGAAAAGCUACAUUGUGGAGAAACGCUUGGCAGAGAGGAAGGCCUGGACCUGUGUCUCUGCUGAAUGCCCCAAGACCUCCUUCAGGAUCACCAACCUGGAGGGAGGACAGGCCUAUUGCUUCCGAGUGUUGGCGGAGAACGCCUAUGGCAUCGGAGAGGGCUGCGAGACCGCCGGCAUCGUCAGAGCCUCCGAGCAACCUGGCCCAGUGAUGGACUUUAAGCCACAGAAGAUUUCAAAAGACUCGGUGACCCUGGGCUGGAAGAAGCCUGUAAGUGAUGGAGGCAGCCAUGUCACCGCCUACAUCCUGGAACAGAGCGAGGGGGAGGAGAAGUGGAAGCAGAUCAUGAAGAGCAAGAACACCGUCCACACCAUUGGGGAGCUGACAGAGGGCAAGGAGUAUGUCUUCAGAGUUAAAGCCCUCAAUGAGUCUGGAGAGGGACCCCCCACUGAGCUCACCAUCCUGGCUAAAGACCAGUUUGUGCUUCCUGACUGUGAUUUGAGUGGCCUGCAUGACCUGUGUUAUGUGGCCAAGGAGGGCAGCACCAUGCGUAUCAACAUCCCCGUCAUUGGCGUGCCAUACCCAACUGCCUCCUGGAAGAAGGGUGACGUCACACUCGGAGACACUGGCCGGAUGUGUGUGGAGGCCUCUCAGGGCAUCACCACCCUGCUGAUCAGAGACUGUCAGAGAGGAGAUGCUGACACCUACGCCAUCAACGUCAGGAACAGCGCUGGCUCCAAAGACUGCAAGUUCCAGCUCAAAGUAGUUGGCAAGCCCGGCAUCUGCACCGGACCAAUCAAAUUUGAUGAGAUCACAGCUGAUGGUAUCACCCUCGAGUGGGGACCACCCAAGGAUGACGGUGGAGCAGAGGUGUCUAACUACAUUGUUGAGAAAAGGAGGACCACAGACAACAAGUGGGCCACAGUGGCUUCUGCAAUCCAGAAGAACACCAUGAGGGUAAUAAGGCUCCAUGAUGGAAUUGAAUACAUCUUCAGAGUGUUUGCUGAGAACAAGUAUGGGGUUGGAGAGUAUCUGAGGUCAGACCCUGUCAUCGCCCAGCAUCCAUUCAAUGUGCCUGAGGCUCCUGCUCCUCCAAAGAUAGUGAGCAUCCGCCAUGAGUCGGCCAUCUUGACCUGGGAGGACCCCAGGGACACUGGUGGCUCCCCAAUUACUGGAUAUCAUAUGGAGUUUAAGGAGAGGAACAGCCUGAUGUGGAAGCGGGCCAGUAAGACUCCUCUCAGAGUGAAGGAGUGCAGAGUCACUGGCCUGAUAGAGGGACUAGAGUAUGAGUUCAGAGUGAUGGCCAUGAACAUGGCCGGCCUGGGAAAGGCAAGCAGGGUCACUGAUGCUGUAGUUGCCUUGGAUCCUAUUGAUCCCCCUGGCAAGCCUGAUGUAAUCAAUGUCACCAGGAGCACAGUGACUCUGAUGUGGACUGCUCCGAAGUAUGAUGGCGGCCACAAACUGACUGGCUACAUGGUAGAGAAGCUGGAGGCUAACACCAAGGCCUGGAUGAAGGCAAAUCAUGUCAGCAUCCAGGGCUGUGCCUUCACUGUCACUGACUUGACUGAAGGAGCUCAGUAUGAGUUCAGGAUCAGGGCCAAGAAUGCAGCCGGUGCUAUCAGUGUUCCUUCAGAGCCCACUGAGCUUCUGACUUGCAAAGAUGAGUAUGAGCCACCCACCAUCACCAUUGACCCAGAGAUGAAGGACGGUGUUUCGGUCAGGGCAGGAGACACAAUUGUGGUCUCUGCCUCCAAGAUUUUGGGGAAACCUCCCCCCACUGCUGUCUGGUCUAAGGCAGGCCGUGAGAUAAAGAACUCUGAUGUUGUCACUGUCACAAGCACCCCCACCUCUUCCACGCUUGCUAUCAAGUAUGCCAGUAGGAAGAACACUGGAGAAUAUACCAUCACUGCCAGCAACCCCUUCGGCAUCAAGGAAGAGCACGUCAAGGUUAAGGUUCUGGAUGUCCCUGGACCUCCAGGGCCCAUCGAAGCCAGCAACAUUUCAGCUGAAAAGUGCACCUUGACCUGGUUGCCUCCAGAAGAGGAUGGAGGCUGCUCCAUCAAGUCUUACAUCCUCGAAAAGAGAGAAACGAGCCGCCUGCUGUGGACCAAGCUAGCAGAGAAUGUCAUGGACUGCAGAUAUGUAGCAAGCAAACUGAUUAAGGGUAAUGAGUACAUCUUCAGAGUGUCUGCUGUGAACCAGUAUGGCACUGGAGACUCAAGUCAGUCUGGUCCAGUCAAAAUGGUUGACUCUUUUGGCCCACCAGGCCCACCCUCAACCCCAGAAAUUGAUAACAUCAGCAGGAAUGCUGUCACCAUUUCCUGGAAGAGACCAGCUGUGGACGGAGGAAGUGAUAUAAGAGGAUACUGUGUAGAGAGAAAAGAGAGAAGAGGAAUGAGAUGGGUGAGAGCCUGUAAGAGGACAGUCCCUGACCUGCGCUUCAAGGUGCAGGGCCUGAGUGAAGGAGUAGAGUAUGAGUUCAGAGUAACUGCUGAGAACAAGGCUGGAUUUGGGGAGCCCAGUGAGCCAUCUCGCCCUGUUAUGACCAAGGAUAUUGUAUACCCACCUGGUCCUCCAUCCAACCCCAGAAUUACAGACACCACAAGAACCACAGCCACAUUUAGCUGGGGUCGACCCCAUUACGACGGUGGCCUCAGUGUCGACGGGUACAUUGUUGAAUACAAGAAGGAUGGGCAUGAUGACUGGGAAACAGAGAAUCAGAUCCCUCUGAAGGCCACUGACUACAUCAUUGGUAAACUUCAGAAGGGAGGCAAAUACCACUUCAGAGUAAGAGCUGUGAACUCGGAGGGAAUUGGUGAGCCUGCUGAGGUUGAGCAGGUGACUGAUCUGGUGGACCGGGAGACGCUGCCAGACUUUGAAUUGGAUGCCGAACUGAGGAGAACCUUGGUGGUCAGGUGCCGUGCCUCAAUCCGUAUGUUUGUUCCCAUCAAAGGCCGCCCUGUGCCUGAAGUAACCUGGAGCAAGGAAGACACUAACCUGAAGACACGUGCACACAUUGAUACCACAGAGUCCUAUACUCUGCUAGUUAUUCCUGACUGCACCAGAUAUGAUGCUGGCAAAUAUCACCUUUGUUUGGAGAAUGUUGCUGGAAAGAAGACUGGCUUUGUCAAUGUCAAAGUUCUGGACACACCAGGACCCCCAGUCCACCUCAAACCCAGAGAGAUCACCAAGAACAGCAUCACUCUGCAGUGGGAAAUCCCCAUCAUUGAUGGUGGAUCCAAGAUUCACAACUACAUUGUUGAGAAGAGAGAGGCCACCAAAAAGGCCUACACGGUGCUUAGCACCACAUGGCAGAAAUGCUCCUUUAAAGUCCCCGACCUGGAAGAGGGUUCGCAUUAUUAUUUCCGUGUGUCUGCUGAGAAUGACCUUGGUGUAGGUGAGCCCGCUGAAACCCCUGAACCCAUCAGGGUGUCCCAGGCCCCCUCUGCCCCUGAAAACCUGUACGUCACAGAUGUGAGUGCUGACAGUGCCAGCCUGGCAUGGACCAAGCCUCUGCAUGAUGGUGGAAGCUUGAUCACAGGAUAUGUCAUUGAGCACCAGAAGAAAGAUACUGAACAGUGGGUUCAUGUGACCACCAUCAAGGCUCUAGACUAUGUUGUCACAGAUCUGAUUGAGGGUGCAGAGUAUACCUUCCGCAUCAUGGCAGUCAAUGCAUCAGGCAGGAGCGACCCUCGUGAAAGUAGGCCUGCUGUCAUCAAAGAGCAGACUACUGCCCCAUCCUUUGACUUACGUGGAGUCUACCAGAAGACAGUAAUUGCUAAGGCUGGGGAUCGUGUCAAGGUGGAAAUCCCAGUGCUUGGUAAACCCAGACCUGUGGUUUCCUGGAAGAAGGGAGAUACUGUGCUAAAGGAGACACAAAGAAUCAACACAGAAACAACACCAACAUCAACCAUUCUUAAUAUCAGUGAAAUAAAGAGGACUGAUGGAGGCCAGUAUUCCAUGACAGGAAAGAACAUCUUGGGCACAGUAACUGAGACCAUCACAGUUCUGGUCCAUGACAUUCCAGGGCCUCCCACAGGACCCAUCAAGCUGGAUGAGGUGUCAUGUGACCAUGUUCUGAUGUCUUGGGAGGCACCAGAGAAUGAUGGCGGUGUUCCCAUCAACAAUUACAUUGUUGAGAUGAGAGAGACUACUGGUACUUCCUGGGUGGAGCUGGCAGCUACAGUCAUCCGCACCACAUUCAAGGCAGCCCGCCUUACCACUGGAACUGAAUAUCAGUUCCGUAUUAAGGCCCAGAACAGAUAUGGAAUUGGACCUUGCAUUGUCUCUGACCCAGUGGUGGCUGCUUAUCCAUUUGAUGUGCCAGGGCAGCCAGGCAUUCCUGUGGUCACAUCCUUCAAUAAAGAUGCUAUGAAUCUGAGCUGGAAUGAGCCAUCUACCGAUGGAGGAAGCCCCAUCCUGGGAUACCAUGUGGAGAGAAAGGAGAAGAACAGCAUUCUCUGGCAGAAAAUUAGUAAAGCACUCGUUGUUGGAAAUAUCUUUAAAUCAACAGGUCUUGUUGAUGGAAUUGCAUAUGAAUACCGUGUCAUUGCUGAAAAUAUGGCUGGCCUGAGCAAAGCCAGCAAACCCUCUGAGACUAUGUAUGCCUUGGACCCAGUGGACCCACCAGGCAGGCCUGUCGCACUGAAUGUCACAAGACAUGAGGUGACUGUUUCAUGGACCAGACCAGAGGUUGAUGGUGGAUUUUCCAUCACUGGAUAUACCGUGGAGAGGAGAGAGCUACCAAAUGGACGCUGGCUCAAAGCCAAUUUCAACAACAUCCUUGAGACCAUCUACACAGUCAGUGGUCUAACUGAAGAUGCCACUUAUGAAUUCCGUGUGCUUGCUAGAAACUCAGCUGGUGCGGUUAGUGCACCAUCCCAGCCAUCAGAGGAGAUCACAUGCCGAGAUGACAUUGAAGAGCCCAGGCUUGAUGUUGAUUCCUCCUACAGCAGUAAUGUCAUUGUCAUGGCAGGAGAGGUGUUCAAGCUGGAGGCCAAUGUGACUGGCAGACCAAUUCCAUCUCUGGUGUGGACCAAGGAAGGAAAGGAGCUUGGUGACACAGCCAAGUUGGAGAUCAGGUCUUCUGACUUCCACACAAUUCUGGUGAACAAAGACUCUUUGAGGAGAGAUGGUGGUGCUUUUACCCUGACAGCUAGCAAUCCUGGUGGUUUUGCAAAGUUUACAUUCAAUGUCAAGGUGCUUGACAGACCUGGUCCACCAGACUCACUCACUGUUUCUGACGUCACUGCUGAAAAGUGUGUCCUCAACUGGCUCCACCCCACACAUGAUGGUGGUGCCAAGAUUGAAUACUUCAUCAUUCAGAGACGUGAGACAAGCAGGCUGGCAUGGACCAAUGUGGCAACAGACCUUCAGGCCAACAGGUUUAAGGUCACAAAGCUUUUGAAGGGCAAUGAAUACAUCUUUAGAGUCAUGGCCGUCAACAAGUAUGGUGUUGGUGAGCCUCUGGAGUCUGAGCCUGUCAUUUGUACCAAUCCCUAUGUCCCCAGUGACCCACCACAGCAGCCUGAGGUCACCACCAUCACUAAGGACUCAAUGGUUGUUUGCUGGGACCGCCCUGAACAUGAUGGAGGCAGCAGAAUCAACACCUACAUCAUUGAAAGGAGAGAUAAGACUGGCCUGCGCUGGGUAAAGUGCAACAAGAGGACUGUGUCUGAUCUGCGAUUCAAGGUCUCUGGCCUGACACCAGGACAUGAGUAUGAAUUCAGAAUCCUGGCAGAGAACAAUGCUGGUUUAAGCCAGCCUAGUGCUCCAAGUCCACUCUACAAAGCUAUGGAUACUAUCUUCCAGCCUGGACCUCCAGGGAACCCCAGAGUACUGGACACAACUAAGUCCUCCAUAACCCUUGCCUGGAACAAGCCUGUCUAUGACGGUGGUUCUGAAAUUACUGGAUACAUUGUAGAGACCUGCCUGCCUGAGGAGGAUGAGUGGACCAUCCAUACUCCCAAGAAAGGAUGGACAGCCACUUCCUUCACAAUCACCAGCUUGAGGGAAAACCAGGAGUACAAAAUCAAUAUCUGUGCCACUAAUUGUGAGGGUGUGGGAGAGCCUGCUGCUGUGCCUGGAACACCCAAGGCUGAGGACAGACUGCUCCCUCCUGAGAUUGAUCUUGGAGCGGAGCUACGUAAGGUGGUCUGCAUCAGAGCCUGCAGUACACUCAGACUCUUUGUUCCCAUCAAGGGCAGACCAGCACCUGAAGUGAAAUGGUCAAGAGAACAUGGUGAAUCUCUGGACAAAGCCAACAUUGAAGUCACCUCAUCUUUCACCACUCUCCAAGUGGAAAAUGUGGACAGGUUUGAUGGAGGUAAAUACAUGGUGACUGUGGAGAAUGCCUCAGGAAGCAAGACUGCUUUUGUCAAUGUUAGAGUGCUGGAUACUCCUGGAGCACCACAGAAUCUUUUCAUCAAGGAGGUCACAAGAGAUUCAGUCUCCCUCAUGUGGGAUGCACCCCUCAUUGAUGGUGGCUCAAGAGUCCGCAACUACAUUGUGGAGAAGCGUGAGUCAACUAGAAAGGCCUAUUCUACAGUCUGUGCCAGCUGCCACAAGUCCAGCUGGAAAAUUGGAGAACUGGAGGAAGGAAAGCUAUAUUUCUUCAGAGUCCUGGCUGAAAAUGAAUAUGGUGUCGGCCUUCCAGUAGAGACUGUUGAACCAAUUAAGGUGUCAGAGAAACCUCUACCACCAGGAAAAGUGUCCCUCCGUGAGGUCACAGGCACCAGUGUCACUCUUUCCUGGGAGAAGCCUGACCAUGACGGUGGUAGCAGAAUCACAGGAUACAUUGUUGAGAUGCAAGGGAAAGGAAGUGAAAAGUGGACCCAGGUCAUGGUGGUUAAGACCAAUGAGGCUGUUGUGGCUGGUCUGACACAGGGAGAGGAGUACAUGUUCCGUAUCUCAGCCACCAACGAGAAGGGCGUCAGUGACCCACGCCAACUCAGCAUGCCUGUGGUGGCUAAAGACCUGGUCAUCUCCCCAGUCUUCAAACUGAUCUUCACCACUUUCAGUGUGAUGGCAGGAGAUGAUCUGAAGAUAGACGUACCAUAUGCUGCCUGUCCCAAAGCUACAGUGACUUGGCUCAAAGAUGGUGUUGCUCUCAAAGAGACAACUAGAGUAAAUGCAGACACCUCUGACAAAAACCUUCUCCUGGUCAUCAAGGAGGCUUGCAGAGAUGAUGUGGGCACAUACACCGUUAAAUUGGUCAAUACAGCUGGAGAGGCCACCACAGACAUUAGUGUUAUUGUUCUGGAUAAGCCAGGUCCUCCAACAGGCCCCAUUAAGCUGGAUGAAGUCACCGCUGACAGUGUGGUUCUGUCAUGGAAUCCACCAGAGUAUGAUGGUGGUUGCACCAUCAACAAUUACAUUGUUGAGAAAAGAGACACGUCUACCACUAACUGGCAGAUUGUAUCAGCUACAGUGGCCAGAACCACCAUUAAAGCAGCCCGUUUGAAGACUGGAUCAGAGUACCAGUUUAGGAUUGCUGCUGAGAACAGAUAUGGCAAGUCAUCAGUGUUGCUCUCUGAAACCAUUGUUGCUCAGUAUCCAUUUGAGCCACCCAGCCAGCCACGUUCUGUUAUGGUUCAGUCUGCCACCAAGGAAAACAUGGUGAUUGUGUGGGAGAAACCUAGCAAUGAUGGUGGAAGCAAGAUCCUUGGCUACCACCUUGAGCUCAAAGAAAGAAACAGCAUCCUAUGGGUUAAACAGAACAAACAGUUUAUCCCAGAGACAAGAUUCAAGGUUGUUGGCCUUGAGGAGGGUAUUGAAUAUGAGUUCAGAGUUUAUGCUGAGAACAUUGUUGGCCUCAGCAAACCCAGCAAACUGACUGAGAUGCAAGUAGCCAGAGAUCCUUGUGAUAGCCCAGGAAAGCCAGAGGCUUGUAUUGUCACCAGAAACCAGGUGACCCUCAGAUGGACUAAACCUGAGUAUGAUGGUGGCAGCAAGAUCACAGGCUAUGUGGUAGAGAAGAAGGAGGGAGCUGAUGGCCGCUGGAUGAAGGCCAGUUUCACCAAUGUCAUAGACACCAAGUUUGUUGUCACUGGUCUGACUGAGGACCAGAUUUAUGAGUUCCGCGUCAUUGCCAAGAAUGCAGCUGGUGUCUCCAGUAAGCCCUCUGAGAGCACUGGAACCAUCACCGCCAAGGAUGAGGUGGAUCCACCCAAGAUUGACAUUGAAGCCAAAUAUUCUCAGCCUGUGGUGGUAAAUGCUGGUGAGACCUUCAAGCUGGAGGCUAAUGUUUAUGGUAAACCUGUGCCCACAGUACACUGGAUGAAGGGAAAUCAGGAGAUUACUGAAGCAGCUCGCCUAGAGAUCAAGAACACGGACUUCACAGCCUGUCUGGUUGUCAAAGAAGCCAUUCGUGUUGAUGGAGGCCAGUAUACUCUCCUGGUUAAGAAUGUUGGAGGAGAAAAAACUGUUAACAUUAAUGUCAAAGUUCUUGACAGACCGGGCCCUCCUGAUGGUCCCAUUUCCAUCUAUGGGGUCACCAGUGAGAAAUGCUCCAUUGCCUGGAAAUCACCUCUGCAGGAUGGAGGCAGUGAUGUCUCCCAUUACAUUGUUGAGAGGAGGGAGACCAGUAGACUGGUUUGGACCGUAGUUGAUCCAAAGGUUCAGACCCUAAAUCUGAAGAUUACCAAGCUCCUCCCUGGUAAUGAAUACAUCUUCCGUGUGAUUCCAGUCAACAAAUACGGAGUUGGUGAGCCUCUGGAAUCUGAGCCGAUGAUUGCCAGAAAUCCAUUUGUCACUCCCAACCCACCAACAGAGGUGGAUAUCUCCACUAUUACUAAAGACUCCAUGGUGGUGACCUGGGAGAGACCAACUAAUGACGGUGGCAACCCCAUUCAAGGAUAUAUUGUUGAGAAGCGUGACAAGGAGGGUGUGAGAUGGACCAGGUGUAACAAACGCACAGUAAGCGAGCUGCGCUUCAGAGUUACAGGCCUUAUAGAAAACCGCAGCUAUGAAUUUAGAGUUGCUGCUGAAAAUGCUGCAGGCAUUGGCACACCUAGCUCACCAACAGCAUACUUCAAAGCACUGGAUCCUAUCUUCAAACCUGGCCCACCAAACAACCCCAAAGUGGUAGACACAUCUAGAUCCACUGUCUCCCUGGUGUGGGGCAAGCCCAUAUAUGAUGGUGGCUGUGAGAUUCAAGCCUACAUUGUUGAGGCCUGCAACGGAGCAGUUGAUGAAUGGUUCAUGUGCACUCCUGCCACUGGAAUUACUGAUACUAAGUUCACAGUGACCAAGCUGCUGGAAAAGCAUGAGUACCAAUUCAGAGUGUGUGCCAUCAACAAAGUUGGUGUUGGUGAGCAUGCUGAUGUUCCAGGAAAGAUCCUUUUGGAGGAGAAGCUUGAGGCUCCUGACCUUGAUCUGGAUGCUGAGAUGAGAAAGAUGAUCAGUAUAAGAGCAGCAAGCACUCUCAGGCUGUUUGUUCCUGUGAGGGGACGCCCAGCUCCUGAGGUAAAAUGGGGCAAGGCUGAGGGAGAGAUAAAGGAGACAGCACAGAUUGACAACACAGGCACCUAUGCUUCACUUGUCAUCGAGAAUGUUGAUAGAUUUGACAGUGGCAAGUACACUCUGACAGCAGAAAAUGCAAGUGGAGUGAAAUCAGUCUUCAUAAGUGUCAGAGUCCUGGACUCUCCCAGCCCACCAGCUAAUUUCAUGGUGAAGGAGAUCACCAAGAACUCUGUCACUCUCACAUGGGAACCUCCACUUCUAGAUGGCGGCUCAAAGAUAAAGCACUAUAUUGUUGAGAAGCGUGAGAGCACCAGGAAGGUCUACUCUCCUGUCACCACCUGCAACAGAAUGUCAUGGAAGAUAGAACCUCUCCCAGAGGGUGGAAUCUUCUUUUUCAGAGUCCUGGCUGAGAAUGAAUAUGGUGUGGGUCUCCCUGCUAAAACCAUUGAGCCAGUUAAGAUCUCAGAAAAGCCUCAGCCACCUGGUAAAGUCAGUUUGAUUGACGUUACUCGUAAAACCGUAACCCUCGCCUGGGAGAAGCCCGUGCAUGAUGGUGGCAGUAGGAUCAGCCACUAUGAAGUGGAACUGGCAUGCAAGGACAGUGAAGCAUGGUCUGUGUGUGCUAGUGUGAAAGCGCUGGAGACAGUUGUGACCAACCUACAAAAGGGAGAGGAAUACCAGUUCAGAGUUGUAGCUGUCAACGACAAGGGAAAGAGUGACCCCAGACAACUGGCUCAAACAGUUGUAGCAAAAGACCUUGUGAUUGAACCUGCCGUGAGGCCUAAAACAAGCACCUACAGUGUCCAAGUGGGCUAUGACCUGAAGAUAGAGGUCCCAAUUGCUGGCCACCCAAAACCCACUAUCACUUGGACCAAGGAUGGAGCUGCCCUCAAGCAGACUACCAGAGUCAAUGUCACUGAUACUGCACAAAACACCACACUCACCAUCAAGGAUGCCACCAGAGAGGAUGGGGGAAUGUACAGCAUCAACAUAGCCAAUGCCCUGGGAUCUAAGGAUGCCACUAUUGAAGUGAUCACCCUGGACAAACCAGGCCCACCCACAGGCCCUGUCAAGUUGGAGGACAUUAGUGCUGAGAGCAUCACUCUCACCUGGGAACCUCCCACAUAUACAGGUGGCUGUCAGAUCUCCAACUAUGUGGUGGAAAAGAGAGACACAACCACAACUAACUGGGUAGUUGUUUCUGCUACUGUGGCAAGGACCACAUUUAAAGUCUCCAAUCUGAAGACAGGUGCUGAGUACCAGUUUAGAAUCUAUGCUGAGAACAGAUAUGGAAAGAGUUAUGCUAUUGAUUCAGAGCCUGUUUUGGCUCAGUAUCCAUUCCAAGAACCUGGACCACCAGGAACACCAUAUGUGUCUUCCUACACAAAGGACUACAUGGUUGUUGAGUGGCACAAACCCCCAUCUGAUGGAGGCAGUGCCAUCCUGGGCUACCAUCUGGAGAGGAAAGAGAAAAACAGCAUCCUUUGGACCAAGAUCAAUAAAACUCUUAUCCAGGACUGCAGAUUCAAGUCUACGCCCCUGGAGGAGGGCAUUGAGUAUGAGUAUAGAGUCUAUGCUGAGAAUAUUGUUGGUAUUGGCAAAUGCAGCAAAAUAUCUGAGGUCUAUGUUGCACGUGACCCAUGUGAUCCUCCUGGUCGCCCUGAGGCUAUCAUUGUAACCAGGCACUCAGUGAAGCUAAGGUGGACUGCUCCAGAGUAUGAUGGUGGAAGCUUAGUUACUGGCUAUGUGGUGGAGAAACGUGACCUCCCUGAGGGACGGUGGAUGAAGGCUAGCUUCACAAACAUCCUUGAACAUGAAUUCACAGUUAUUGGCUUAACAGAGGAUUGUAAAUAUGACUUUAGGGUGAUUGCUAGGAAUGCAGCUGGUGCUGUCAGCAAGCCCUCUGAGAGCACUGGAUCCAUCACAGCCAAGGAUGAGGUUGAGCCACCUAAGUGUGAAACAGAUGCUAGGUACAACCAGACCAUUGUUAUCAAUGCUGGAGAGACAUUCAUCCUGGAGGCCAGUGUAGAAGGAAAGCCCAUUCCCACAAUUCAGUGGUUCAAGGGAGAUGUUGAAGUUGAGAACUCAGCGAGAGCUGAGAUUAAAAACACAGACUUUAAGGCUCUGCUUGUUGUUAAGGAUGCAAUCAGAGUGGAUGGUGGACAGUACACACUGGUUCUAACAAAUGUGGCUGGAAGUAAAACUGUUCCAUUCAGUGUGAAGGUCCUGGAUAGACCAGGCCCCUCAGAGGGACCUCUUACUGUUAGUAAUGUCACUGAGGAGAAAUGCUCAUUGUCAUGGUUGCCACCCAGGCAUGAUGGUGGAGCCAGCAUUUCUCAUUAUAUCAUCCAGAAGAGAGAAACUAGCCGCUUGGCAUGGACUGUGGUUUCUAGUGACUGUGGUGCUACCAUGUUCAAAGUCACCAAGCUGCUGAAGGGCAAUGAGUACAUCUUCAGGGUCAUGGCUGUCAACAAGUAUGGUGUGGGUGAGCCUCUGGAGUCAGCACCAGUCAUCAUGAGGAAUCCAUUUGUUCCUCCUGGGCCACCUCAGGAGCUUGAGAUCACAAAUAUCACUAGGGACUCUAUGACUGUCUGCUGGACCCGCCCUGAGACAACUGGAGGUAGUGAGAUUGUUGGAUACAUUGUGGAGAAGAGAGACAGAGCCGGAGUGAGGUGGACCAAGUGCAACAAACGCAGAGUGACAGACUUGCGCUUCAGAGUGACUGGACUGACUGAGGACCAUGAGUAUGAAUUCAGGUUGUCAGCUGAGAAUGCAGCUGGGGUAGGUCAGCCAAGCCAAGCAACACCAUACCUCAAGGCCUGCGAUCCUACCUUUGAGCCUGGCUGCCCCACUAAUGCUCACGUGGUUGACACAACUAAGGACUCCAUCAGUCUAGCCUGGCAUAGGCCUAUAUAUGAUGGUGGUUGUGAGAUCCAAGGCUAUGCUGUGGAAAUUUGCAAGGCUGAUGAAGAGGAGUGGACCAUAUGCACUCCAGCCUCUGGAGUCAAUGCUACUAAGUUUACUAUCACAAAGUUGAUUGAGCAUCAAGAAUACAAAGUGCGCAUAUGUGCUAUCAACAAGCUGGGUGUUGGCGAGCCCACAGAGAUCCAGGGAGUUGUGAAGCCUGUGGAUAAGAUUGAUCCUCCAGAGAUGAUUUUGGACUCAGAGCUCAGGAAGGGAGUAGUUGUCCGUGCAGGAGGCUCCAUGAAGAUCUAUAUUCCAUUUAAGGGCCGUCCUACUCCUGAGAUAAGCUGGGCUAAGGAGGAUGGAGACCUACCUGGUAAAGUCCAGAUAGAAAAUGGUGCAGACUAUACACAGCUCUCCAUUGAGAUUUGUGACAGGAAUGAUGCUGGAAAAUACAUUCUCAAAUUGGAGAAUAGUGCUGGAACCAAGUCAGCCUUUGUCUCUGUCAGAGUUCUAGACACACCGGGAGCCCCACUCAAUCUCACAGUGAAAGACAUUAAGAGGGAAUCUGUCACCUUGACUUGGGAGCCUCCUCUUAUAGACGGUGGUGCCAGAAUCAAGAACUACCUGGUUGAAAAGCGUGAAUCCACCAGGAAGGCUUACUCUAGCGUGGACAACAAAUGCACCAAGACCAGCUACCGCAUUACUGGUCUCACUGAGGGAACUAUCUAUUAUUUCAGAGUCUUAGCUGAGAAUGAGUUCGGUGUAGGCUUGCCAGCUGAGACAGAAGACUCAGUUAAGACUUCUGAGCCUCCUCUGCCUGUGGGAAAGGUCACACUUACUGAAGUGACCAAGACCAGUGUGUCUCUCUCCUGGGAGAAGCCUGACCAUGAUGGUGGUAGCAGGAUCAUGGGCUAUAAUAUUGAAAUGCAGCCUCAGGGCUCAGAGGAGUGGGUUGUGGCCACCACAACUAAAACUUGUGAGGGCACUGUCUUAGGCCUCAGCACAGGACAUGAGUACUUAUUCAGAGUAUCUGCUUUCAAUGAGAAGGGCAAGAGUGACCCCAGACCUCUGGCUGCACCAGUCACUACUAAGGAUGUAACUAUUGAGCCCAGGUUCAAAUUGGCAGUCAACACCUUCACUGUUCAACAUGGAGAAGAUCUGAAGAUUGAAGUCCCAGUGAUUGGACGCCCUGUGCCUAAAGUUGAAUGGAAGAAAGAUGGACACUCUUUGAAGGAGACAACUAGACUAAAUGUGUCCAGCACAACAUCAUCUACUACACUGCGUAUCAAAGAUGCAAACAAGGAGGACUCUGGUAAAUAUACUCUGACAGCCACCAGCAGUGCUGGAACAGUCACACAGGAGAUUACUGUUGUUAUCCUUGAUAAGCCUGGCCCACCCACUGGCCCUGUGAAGAUUGAGGAGGUCAGCUCUAACUUUGUUACUAUGUCCUGGGAGCCACCAGAGUACACUGGAGGUUGCCAGAUCAACAAUUACAUUGUGGAAAAAAGAGACACCACCACUACAGCAUGGCAGAUUGUGUCUGCUACUAUUGCAAGAACAACCAUCAAAGUCACCAAGCUGAAAACUGGAGUUGAAUAUCAAUUCAGAGUGUCUGCUGAGAACAGAUAUGGAAAGAGUGCUGCCAUUGUCUCUCCUGCCGUUAUUGCUCAGUAUCCAUUCAGUGUGCCUUCUGCACCAGGAACACCAUUUAUUUCUGCUGUGACCAAGGAUAGUAUGGUGGUGGAGUGGAAACUUCCCAACAACAAUGGAGGCAGCCCCAUCCUGGGCUAUCACCUGGAGAGGAAGGAGAAGAAUAGCCUCAUGUGGACUAAACUCAACAAACUGCUAAUCCCUGACCCCCGCUUCAAGACCACAGAGCUGGAGGAAGGUAUUGAGUAUGAAUUCAGAGUCUGUGCUGAGAACUUGGCUGGACUCAGCCCUGUAAGCAAGGUCUCUGAGACCACAGUAGCCAGGGACCCCUGUGACCCACCGGGCACUCCCGAGGCUAUAGAUAUCACCAGAAACCAUGUUACACUCCAGUGGACAAGGCCACAAUAUGAUGGAGGUUGUCUCAUUACUGGCUAUGUGGUGGAGAGGAGGAAGCAUCCUGAUACCCGCUGGAUGAAGGCCAGCUUCACCAACGUCAUUGACACUCAGUUUACAAUCACUGGUUUGACCGAAGACUGCAUCUAUGAGUUCAGAGUCAUUGCCAGGAAUGCAGCUGGCAUCCUCAGUGCUCCUUCUCAAAGUACAGGAGAAAUUACUGCCAAGGAUGAGAUUGAAGCUCCAGAAGCUACCAUGGAUCCUAAAUUCAAGGAUAUGACUGUUGUUCAUGCUGGUGAGACAUUUGUCAUUGAUGCUGACUAUACUGGCAAGCCUCUGCCUGAUGUCAUUUGGCUUAAGGAUGGAAAGGAAAUUGACAAGACCACACCAAGAAUGGAGGUCAAGACCACAAUCACCCACACCAUCCUGACAGUCAAGGACUGCAUCAGAGUAGAUGGUGGCCACUUUGUCCUCAAGCUCACCAAUGUGGGAGGGGUCAAAAUGAUCCCUGUUAAUGUUAAAGUGCUGGACAGACCUGGUCCCCCAGACGGUCCACUAGAAGUCAAGGGAGUCACAGCUGAAAAGUGCUAUCUGCACUGGAGCCAUCCCUCACAUGACGGUGGAGCCAGUAUCUCUCACUACAUUAUUGAGAGGAGAGAAACCAGUCGCUUGUCAUGGACCAUGGUUGAGCCCAAGAUUCAGGCCGUCAGCUACAAAAUAACAAAACUUCUGCCUGGCAAUGAAUACAUUUUCAGAGUCACUGCUGUGAACAAAUAUGGUGUUGGUGAGCCUCUGGAGUCUGACCCUGUCAUUGCUCGUAACCCCUUCACUACUCCCAGUGCCCCCUCCACCCCAGAGGCUGGUGCUAUUACCAGGGACUCCAUUGUGCUAACAUGGGAGAGGCCAGAGAACAACGGCGGGGCAGAGAUUGAGGGAUACAUUCUGGAAAAACGUGACAAGGAUGGUAUCAGAUGGACCAAGUGCAACAAGAAGAGGUUGAAUGAUCUGAGAUUCAGAUGCACUGGCCUCACUGAGGGCCACUCAUAUGAGUUCAGGGUCUCUGCUGAAAAUGCUGCUGGUGUAGGCAAGCCCAGCGCACCAACUGAAUACAUCAAGGCCUGUGAUGCUACUUACCCACCAGGACCUCCAAACAAUCCCAAGGUGACAGACCACUCCAGCACCACUGUGUCCCUUUCCUGGUCCCGGCCUAUCUAUGAUGGUGGAGCAGCCAUCAGUGGAUAUGUUAUUGAGAUGAAGGAGGUAGCAGAGGAGGAAUGGACUGUAUGCACACCACCCACUGGUGUCCAGGCCACUCACUACACUGUUAAGAAACUAAAAGAGAAUGCUGAGUACAACUUCCGCAUCUGUGCUGUUAACAUUGAGGGAGUGGGGGAGCCUGUGGACCUGCCUGGGUCUGUGGUUGCUGCUGAGAAACUUGAGGCUCCUGAGAUUGAACUUGAUGCUGACCUUAGGAAGAUGGUCAAUGUUCGUGCCACUGCUACCCUGCGUCUGUUUGUCACCAUCAGAGGAAAGCCUGAGCCUGAGGUCAAAUGGUCCAAGGCUGAUGGCACUCUGACUGAGCGUGCCCAGAUUGAAGUCACUAGCUCCUACACAAUGCUUGUGAUUGAUAAUGUUGACAGAUUUGACACUGGUAAAUAUGUGUUGACCCUUGAGAACCUCAGUGGCUCCAAAUCAGCCUUCAUCAAUGUCAGAGUUCUAGAUUCCCCCAGCGCUCCUACCAACCUGGAGGUGAAGGAUGUUAAGAAAAAUUCUGUCUCCAUCUCCUGGGAGCCUCCUCUCAUUGAUGGUGGUGCCAAGAUCUCACAUUACAUUGUGGAAAAGAGAGAACAGAAGAGAAUGGCAUUCACCAGUGUUUGUACCAACUGUGUUAGGAACUCGUACAUUAUUUCCGACCUGCAGGAGGGAGGUCUUUACUAUUUCCGUGUGCUGCCUGUGAACGAGCUGGGAGUAGGUUUGCCUGCCUCCACAGAGGCUGUGAAAGUGUCCGAGGCUCCUUUGCCUCCUGGCAAGAUUACUUUAGUUGAUGUGACUCGUCAUAGUGUAAGCCUCUCCUGGGAGAAACCUGAUCAUGAUGGAGGCAGCAAGAUCACAAACUAUGUUGUGGAGAUGCAGCCCAAGGGAGAUGACAAAUGGACCAUCUGCAGUGAAAUCAAAGCACUGGAAGCUACUAUUGAUGGACUCACAACUGGAGAGGAAUACUCAUUCAGGGUGAUUGCUGUGAAUGAUAAAGGCAGAAGUGAUCCCAAGCCUUUGGCUACUCCUGUGGUGGUGAAGGAUAUAACUAUUGAGCCCAUUUUCAACCUGCUGUUCAACACGUACAGUGUUAAAGCAGGAGAUGACCUCAAGAUUGAGGUUCCUUUCAAAGGCAGACCACAGCCAGAGGUGUCCUGGAAGAAGGAUGGCCAGGUACUGAAGCAGACCACCAGGGUCAAUGUUCUCACCUCAAAGACUGCAUCCAAGAUUGUCAUCAAGGACGCAACCAAGGAUGAUGUAGGAAAGUAUGAAAUUACUUUGACCAAUGCAGUUGGCACCAAAACAGCUGAGAUCUCUGUUAUCAUCCUGGACAAACCUGGCCCACCCAGCAACAUCAAGGUGGAUGAGGUGAGCGCUGACUUCAUCUCUUUGUCUUGGGAUCCUCCAACCUAUGAUGGUGGAUGCCAGAUUAACAACUAUGUAGUGGAGAAGAGAGACACUACCACAACCACAUGGCAGAUUGUCUCAGCAACAGUCGCCAGAACCUCUAUCAAGGUGUCUCGUCUCAACCAGGGUACAGAGUACCAGUUCCGUAUCGCAGCUGAGAACCGUUACGGCAAGAGCCACGCCAUUGACUCUGCUCCCAUUGUUGCUCAGUAUCCCUUUGAGCCUCCAGGCCCUCCCACCAACCUCCAUGUUGCCCAUGCCACAAAGUAUGGCAUGCAGGUGGUAUGGGGCAGACCUGCCAGUGAUGGUGGAAGCCCCAUUAUUGGAUAUCACAUUGAAUGUAAAGACCAGAGCAGUAUACUAUGGACCAAGGUCAACAGAGGCCUGCUGGCUGAGAACCAGUUUAAAAUGACAGGCAUUGAGGAAGGCUUGCUGUAUCAGUUCAGAGUCUAUGCUGAAAAUAUUGCUGGCAUAGGUCCAUGCACUAAAGCCAGUGAGCCUGUUGCAGCCAGGGACCCAUGUGAGCCUCCACGUAAUCUUCAAGUCACCAAUAUCACAAGGACAUCAGUGUCCCUCUUCUGGGAGAGGCCGGAGUAUGAUGGUGGAGCCAAGAUCACCGGCUACAUUGUUGAGCGUAAAGAACUGCCCAGUGGCCGCUGGCUGAAAUGUAACUUUACCAACCUGCAGGAAACUUACUUUGAUGUCACAGGCCUUACAGAGGAUGUGCAAUAUGACUUCCAUGUCAUUGCCAAGAAUUCUGCUGAGCUACUCAGUGUUCCCUCUGAGAACACUGGACCUAUCACAGUCAAAGAUGAUGUAGACCCACCCACUAUUAUACUGGACGACAAGCUCCGACAGUUGAUGGUCAUUAAGGCAGGAGAGAUCAUCAGAAUUGAUGCUGACAUCACAGGUCGUCCCCUUCCUGUUGUUUCGUGGUUUAAGGAUGGAAAGGAAAUUGAGGCCAAAGCCAGAUGUGAGGUCACUUCCACUAAUUUCAAAACCACUCUGAUCGUCAGAGAUGUCAUCAGAAGGGACUCUGGCCAAUAUGUUCUCACUCUGCAGAAUGUGGCUGGGACCAGAUCUGUGGCUGUCAACUGUAAGGUUUUGGACAGGCCCGGACCUGCUUCUGGACCUUUGGCAGUGUCUGGCCUCACAGCAGAGAAAUGCACCCUAACCUGGGGACCUCCUCAGGAGAAUGGUGGUGCUGAGAUAAUGCACUACAUUGUGGAGAAACGUGAGACCAGCCGCCUAGCAUGGACUCUUGUCUAUGGUGACAUGAAGGCCACCACUUGCAAAGUGACCAAAUUAUUAAAAGGAAAUGAGUAUAUCUUCAGAGUCAGGGGUGUCAACAAGUAUGGUGAUGGUGAGGCCCUUGAGAGUGAGGCUGUCAAGGCCUUGGAUCCAUUCACUGUUCCUGCUGCUCCCACUAACGUCCAGGUCACUUCAGUCACUGGUGAGGCUAUGACUAUAUGCUGGGAGAGACCAGUGUCUGAUGGUGGCAGCAGCAUCUAUGGCUAUGUCAUUGAGAAAAGAGAGAAGACUGGCCUUCGUUGGUGCCGUGUCAACAAGAAACCUGUUUAUGACCUCAGAGUCAAGGCGUCAAACCUUCGGGAGGGCUGUGAGUAUGAAUACAGAGUGUUUGCAGAGAAUGCUGCUGGUCUUAGUGCUCCCAGCACCCCCUGUCCUCUCACCAAGGCUGAGGAUCCACAGUUCUUGCCCUCUCCUCCUGCUAAGCCAAAAAUCAUUGACUCUACCAAGACCACAGUCACCCUGUCCUGGAACAAGCCACUGUUUGAUGGUGGAUCACCUGUUACUGGUUACAGAGUAGAAUACAGGAAGACAUUUGAUGAUGAAUGGACAGUUGGUGUCCAGAACACCAAGAACACAGAAUUCACUGUGGUGGGAUUGACCCCUGGGGCUGAGUAUGUGUUUAUUGUCAAGUCCAUCAAUAAGAUUGGAGCCAGUGAGCCCAGCCCUGAGACAGACAGACAGGUGGCUAAAGAGAGAGAGGAGGAGCCAGUGUUUGACAUCAGUAAUGAGAUGAGGAAGACUCUUAUUGUGAAGGAUGGUAGCUCUUUUACCAUGACUGUGCCCUUCAGAGGCAAACCUGUCCCCAGUGUUACAUGGACUAAGGCUGAUGUGGACCUGAGAGUCCGUGCUGUCAUUGAUACUACAGACACUUUCACUUCUAUAACCGUGGAGAAGGCCACCCGCAAUGACUCUGGCAAAUAUACUAUCACUCUGUCAAAUGUGGCUGGAACUUCCUCAGUGACCCUCAACGUUAGAGUCCUGGAUUCUCCUGGACCUCCUACCCAUGUGGAGAUCAAGGAGGUGACCAAAACCUCUGCUACUGUGACCUGGGACACUCCUGAGAAUGAGGGAGGUGGACCAGUCAAGAACUACCUGGUGGAUAUCCGUGAAGCCAGUAAGAAAGGCUGGACCAGGCUCACUGACACCUGCCACAGACUGACAUACAAGGUGACGGACCUAAAGGAGGGAGAGGUCUACUACUUCAGGGUCACCGGCGAGAAUGAGUAUGGUGUUGGUGUUCCUGCUGAAACUAAGGAGGGAACCAAGAUCACAGAAAAACCAAGCCCACCACCCAAACUGGGUGUGACUGAUGUGACCAAGGAGAGUGUCUCUCUGGCCUGGGCCAAACCUGAGCAAGAUGGUGGUAGCAGAAUCACCAACUACCUGGUGGAAGCUUUGGAGAAAGGCCAGGAGAAAUGGGUCAAGUGUGGUGUAACAAAGUUCAUCCACUUCACAGUGUCAGGCCUGAGAGAGAAUGCUGAGUACUUCUUUAGAGUCAAGGCCGAGAACCAUGCUGGAUUCAGCGAUGCCAAGGAAAUGGUCACCCCUGUGAUGGUCAAAGACCAGCUUGAAUCUCCUGAAGUCAACAUGAAGGACUUCCCCCAUAACACAGUGUAUGUCAGAGCUGGAUCAAACCUUAAGUGUGAGAUCCCACUGACAGGCCGGCCCUUGCCUAAGGUCACCCUGUCGAAGGACAAUGUGCUACUCAAAUCAACAAUGAGGUUCAACUCUGAGGUCACUCCUGACAGCAUCAAGAUCAUCCUGCGUGAGAGUAUUGCUGGAGACUCAGGACGCUACGAUAUCACUGCCUCCAACUCCAGUGGAACCACCAAGUCAUUUGUGAACAUUGUGGUUCUGGACCGCCCAAGCGCUCCUGUGGGACCUGUGGAACUGUCUGAUGUCACAGAGGACAGCGUGAGCCUGAAGUGGCUCCCACCAGCGUAUGAUGGUGGCAGCCCCAUCACCAAUUACAUCAUCCUGAAGAGAGAGACAACCACAGCCAACUGGGUGGAGGUGUCCUCAGCUGUGGCCCGCUGCACCAUGAAAAUUAUGAAGCUGACCACUGGCCUGGAGUACCAGUUCAGAAUCAGGGCUGAGAAUAGAUAUGGAAUCAGUGAGCACAUCGACUCACCACCUGUCACUGUCAGCCUGCCAUACACUGUUCCAGAUGCUCCUUCCACUCCAGAAAUAACUGCUGUGACACGAGAGAGCAUCACAGUGGCCUGGAAAGAGCCCAAGUCAGAUGGAGGCAGCCACGUGUUCGGCUACCACCUCCAGAUGAAAGACAGGAACAGCAUCCUCUGGCAGAAGGUUAACAGGACGGUGAUCCGUGCCACACACUACAAGGUCACCAACAUCAACCCUGGACUCAUCUAUGAGUUCAAGGUGGCAGCCGAGAAUGCUGCUGGAGUCAGUGCUGUCAGCAACAUCUCUGACGCAGUACUGGCUAUUGACGCUUGUGAGCCUCCCAUCAAUGUGCGUAUCACUGACAUCACCAAGAACUCCAUCAGCCUGGCCUGGCAGAAGCCUAACUAUGAUGGUGGAUCCAAGAUCACUGGUUACAUCAUUGAGAAACGAGAGGGUGCAAAUCCCAGGUGGACCAAGGCUAAUCUUACCAACAUCACAGACACCCGCUACACCGUAACUGGCCUGACACAAGACGAGACCUACAAUUUCAGAGUCAUGGCCAAAAACGCCGUGGGCUCAGUCAGCAACCCCUCCGAGAUCGCUGGACCUGCCACAUGCGUGGACACUUAUGGCGCUCCAGAAAUUGAACUGCCUCAGGAAUACCUCAAUGAGGUUAAGUACAAGGCAGGCUCUGCUGUGGAGCUAACGUUUAAGAUCACUGCUAAGCCUGCCCCCACCAUUGAGUGGCUCAAAGAUGGCAAAGAGCUGGAGCCGAAUGGCCAGCUCUCCUUCAAGCACACAUUUGAGUCCACCAGUUUGUUCCUUAGGGACACAACCCGUCUAAACUCAGGAACCUACGAGGUCAAGGUCAAGAACUCCCUGGGAUCAGCCUUUGCCACUGUCAGGCUGCUCAUUCAAGACAAGCCUGGCCCUCCAGCCGGAGAGAUUCAGUUCAAGAAGGUGACAGCUGACAACAUCACCAUCAUGUGGGCUCCACCUAGCGAUGAGGGCGGUGCCAUGGUAACCCACUACAUCGUGGAGAAGAGGGAGACCAGCAGAAUCAUGUGGUCUAUCGUCUCUGAGAAACUGGUGGACUGCAUUGUCAAUGUGCCCAGGCUCAUCCAGGGUAAUGAGUAUAUCUUCAGAGUCCGUGGAGUAAACAAGUUUGGUGUUGGAGACCCGCUGGAGUCUGAGCCUAUUAUUGCCAAGAAUGCCUUUGUUCCUCCCAGCGAGCCAUCCAAGCCUAAAGUGACCAUGAUCACCAAAUCCACUAUGACAGUGAUCUGGGAACGACCCGCACUGGAUGGAGGCAGUGACAUUGACGGCUACUACCUGGAGAAGAGAGAGAAGAAGAGUCUCCAGUGGUUCAAGGUCGUAAAGGGCACCAUCAGAGACACCAGGCAGAAGGUCAGCAACCUGGUGGAGAACAAUGAGUACCAGUAUAGAGUCUGUGCUGUUAACAAGGCUGGAGCAGGAAACUACUCGCAGCCCUCUGAACUCUACAAGGCCUAUGAUCCCAUUGACCUGCCUGGGGAGCCGUCCAAACUGUGCGUGGUUGACUCCACAAAGACCUCAAUCACCCUGGGCUGGGAAAAGCCUGUUUAUGAUGGCGGCAGUGAGAUCACGCACUAUGAGGUGGAACAGAUGAACACUGAGGACAAAGAAUGGGUGACUAUCAGCUCCAAAGGAGAGGUCAGGACGUGCGAGUAUGUGGUGUCCCACCUCAAACCUGGAACGUACUACUUCUUCAAAGUGUCGGCCGUCAACUCCAAGGGCAAAGGAGAGUACAUCAAAAUGUACCAGCCUGUGCAGGCCAAGGACAUUCUGGAGGAGGCUGAUCUCGACCUGGACGUUCCCAUGACCACUCAGUACACAGCCAAAGCUGGCCGUGACGUACAGGUGUUUAUCCCUCUGAAGGGACGCCCUGCCCCCAAUGUCACCUGGCGUCGUGGCGACCGCAACAUAGCUGGUGACAACCGCUACACCAUUAGCAGUUCUGAGCGUGCCACCAUGCUCCUCAUCCCUAAGGUCACCCGCGACGAUUGUGGCAAGUACUUGCUGGAGAUUGAGAAUGGUGUGGGAGAACCCAAGAUCAUCACUGUUUCCCUGAAGGUUCUGGACAGUCCAUCCACAUGUCAGAAGCUAAUGAUCAAGAAUGUGACAAGAGGAAAGUUGACCCUCAGCUGGGAGCCUCCGCUUAUUGAUGGUGGUUCCCCUGUGACCAACUACAUUGUAGAGAAGAAGGCGUCCACCAUGAAGGCGUACCAGGUGAUGACGGCUGAAUGCCCCAACAGCACCUACAAGGUAACAGGUCUGGAGGAGGAUGUGGCCUACUUCUUCCGUGUGUCUGCGGAGAAUGAAUAUGGUGUCGGCGACACUUGUGAGACCACUGAGCCCGUUCGAGCCACAGAAACCCCUGGAGCAGUGAAAGACCUGGUGAUGUUGGACUCCACAAAGAACUCUGUCACCCUACAGUGGACAAGACCUGACCAUGAUGGCGGCAGCCACAUCAGUGACUAUAUAAUUGAGAAGAGAACCGAGGACGACCCCACCUGGACUCUUGGUGCAACAUGCAAGCGCUGCAGCUGUGAAGUGACGGGACUGAAGGAGAAUGCUGUUAUGGACUUCAGAGUGUUCGCAAAGAACGAGAAAGGCAACAGUGACUACUCCCAGAUUGGACCUAUCACAGUGAAGGACUUCAUCAUUCCACCCGAGGCCAACCUCUCUGAUUUCCCCAAUGGAGAGCUGGCUGUUCAUGUGGGACAGAACAUCCACAUUGAACUGCCCUUCAAAGGUAAACCAAGACCCUCUAUCAGCUGGCUCAAGGACAACUUGCCCCUGAAGGAGAGUGACAAGAUUCGCUUCAGGACCACUGACAACAAGACUUCAGUGACAGUCAGAGGAGUCAAGAAAGAGCAUGCUGGCCAGUACACCUUGGUUCUUGACAACAGAGUGAUCAAGAACUACUUUGACAUUAACGUGAUCACUCUGGGACCUCCUUCUGCACCCGUUGGUCCCAUCCGCUUUGAUGAGAUAAAGGCUGACAGCAUCAUCAUCUCCUGGGAUGAACCAAAGGAGGAUGGAGGUGGUGAGAUCACCUGCUAUAGUGUGGAGAAGCGGGAGACCUCCCAGGCCAACUGGAAGAUGGUCUGCUCCAGUGUAGUCAGAACCACUUUCAAGAUCCCCAACCUUGUUAAGGGAACUGAAUACCAGUUCAAAGUCCGUGCUGAGAACAAGUACGGAGUCAGUGAGCCCCUCAACUCAUCAGACAUCAUUGCCCAGCACCAGUACAAACCUCCAGGUGCUCCAGGUAAACCUGUGGCCUACAAUAUCACCAGUGAUGGCAUGACCAUCCAGUGGGAGGCCCCAGGCUUUGAUGGAGGCUCCCCAAUCCUGGGUUACCAUGUUGAGAAGAAGGACAGGAACAGUCUUCUGUGGCAGAAGGUGAACUCGACCAUCAUCUCCAACAGAGACUACCGGGUCAUUGGUCUAAUUGAAGGUCUGGAGUACUCAUUCAGAGUAUAUGCCGAGAACAAUGCUGGAAUCAGCCCUGUUAGCGAACAGAGCAAGCAUGCUCUUGCCAUCUCCCCUGUUGAUCCACCUGGCACUCCAAACUGCAUUGAUGUGACCAGAGAUUCAGUCACCCUUCAGUGGGAUGUGCCUAAGAGGGACGGAGGCAGUAAAAUUGUGGCCUACAGCGUUGAGAGGCGCCAGGGCAGAGGCAAAUGGCUGCGCUGCAACUUUACCGACAUCAGUGAGACCCAGUUCACUGUGACUGGUCUGUCUCCAGGAGACCGAUUUGAGUUCAGAGUGAUUGCCAGGAAUGCUGUUGGCACUGUCAGUCCACCUUCAAACUCAUCUGGAUAUAUCAUGACCAGAGAUGACAGCAUCUCUCCAGAGAUUGAGUGGAAUAAAGACCAAUCCCUUGUCUUGCGGGCUGGAGAGAAUGUCAAACUGAGCUGCAGCAUUACUGGACGGCCUGUCCCCCAAGUUAUCUGGUAUAAGGAUGGCAGGGAAAUCGACAAGAGGACUAUGAUUGACAUUGAAAUUACCACCAACAUUGGCACCAGCAGCCUGUUCAUCCGCGACGCUGACAGGAACCACCGUGGUAUCUACACCGUGGAGGCCAAGAACAGCUCUGGCAGCAAGAAAGCUGAUGUCAACGUCAGGGUACAAGAUACACCUGGACCUGUUGAGGGCCCCAUUCGUUUCACUGGUAUCACAGCUGAGAAGUGCACCGUGUGGUGGAACCCUCCAGAGAAUGAUGGUUGUGCAGCCAUCACUCACUAUGUGGUGGAGAAAAGAGAGACGUCCAGGAUCUCUUGGGCAAUGGUCACUUCCAAGUGUGAGGCGUGCUCCUUCAACGCCACAAACCUCAUCAAGGGCAAUGAGUACCAAUUCAGAAUUUCUGCCGUCAACAAGUUUGGUGUGGGCAAACCACUGGAUUCCGAUCCUGUCAUUGCACAGAUGCAAUAUACUGUACCUGAUGCUCCUGGUACCCCAGAUGCUACCCAUGUGACAGGAGACAGCAUUACCCUGUGUUGGACCAGGCCCAGGACAGAUGGAGGCAAUGAGAUCAAACACUAUAUCCUGGAGAGAAGGGAGAAGAAGAGUCUGCGCUGGGUGAAGGUUUCCUCCAAGAGGCCAAUCACAGAACUGAGGCACAGAGUCACCAACCUCACUGAGGGCAAUGAGUACGAGUUCCGUGUCAUGGCUGAGAAUGGAGCCGGUGUCGGACCUUCCAGCGGCACCUCCAGGCUCUUCAAAUGCAGAGAACCCACUAGCGCUCCUAGUGCACCCACUGUGGUCAAGGUCAUUGACUCUACCAAGUCCUCGGUCACACUGGAAUGGACAAAGCCUGUCUUUGAUGGUGGCAUGGAAAUCAUCGGCUACAACAUUGACAUGUGUAAGGCCAGUCUGGAGGAGUGGCACAGAGUCAACAAACAGAUUUGCAUCCACACAACAUACACUGCCAAGGGCCUUACGGCCGGAGAACUCUACAAGUUCAGAGUCAGCGCUGUGAACGGAUCAGGACAGGGAGAACCCUCAGUGAUCCCCAACGCUGUUCAGGCCCUGGACAGACUUACUUCCCCUGAGAUUGAUAUCGAUGCCAGCUUCAAACAGACACACAUUGUGAAGAACGGUGGCACUGUCACCCUCCAUAUCGCCUUCCGUGGAAAACCAGCACCUCUUGCCACCUGGUCCAAGGUGGAUGGGGAGCUCCCUGUCAUGGCUGAUGUCAACACCACUGAUUCCUUCUCUACUCUGACCAUCGAGGGCUGCACAAGGUAUGAGGCUGGUAAAUACACUCUGUCGCUGGAGAACAACAGUGGUCAUAAGUCCAUCACCUUCACUGUCAAAGUGCUGGACACUCCUGGACCUCCUGGAGUCAUCACUUUCAAAGAUGUAACCCGUGGAGCCCUGACUAUAAUGUGGGAUGCCCCCACCAAUGAUGGUGGAGCCCGCAUCCACCACUAUAUUGUGGAGAAGCGUGAGGCUAGUCGCCUUGCCUGGCAGGAGGUCAGCUCCAAGUGUUCUCGCCAGAUGAUCAGGGCCACUGGUUUGGAUAUUGGUGUGCCGUAUCUGUUCAGGGUCAUCGCUGUUAACCACUACGGCCAGGGAGAACCACAUGAGAUGACAGAGCCUGUCGUUGCCACAGAGGAGCCUGCACCACCCAAGAGACUUGAUGUUAUCGACACCUCCAACUCCACGGCCUCCCUGGUGUGGUUGAAGCCUGAGCAUGAUGGAGGCAGUCGCAUCAGAGGCUACAUUGUAGAAUGCAAGGCCAAAGGCACCGACCGCUGGAUCACGAGUGGAGAGACCAAGUCCCUGAAGAUGCUGGUGGAGGGUCUUAUUGAGAACACAGAGUACGACUUCAGAGUCAAGGCCAAGAAUGAUGCUGGCAUCAGCGAGCCUCAGGGCACCUUUGGGUCCGUGGUGAUCAAAGAACCUCGUAUUGAACCCACAGCCGAUCUUAGCAGCAUCACAAAUCAGCUUAUCACCUGCAAGACUUCCAAUACUUUCACCAUCGACAUCCCCAUCAGCGGCAGGCCUGCUCCCAAAGUUACCUGGAAGCUGGAGGAGAUGAAGCUGAAGGAGACAGAUAGAGUCUCUGUUAAGACCACGAAGGAGAGAACCACUCUGGUGGUUAAAGACAGCAAGAGAGGUGACAGUGGCAAGUACUACCUGAUCCUGGAGAACGCUGCUGGAGUGAAGACAUUCACAGUGACAGUGCUGGUGGUCGGCAGACCCAGUCCUCCCACAGGUCCUGUGGAAAUCUCUGGAGUAUCAUCAGAGUCCUGCACCCUGUCCUGGUCUGAACCAGCUGAUGACGGUGGCACUGACAUCACCAACUACAUUGUGGAAAAACGUGAGUCUGGCUCGGCCUCCUGGCAAGUGGUUAACUCAAGCGUGAAGAGGACCACCAUCAAGGUGACCCAUCUGACCAAGUACAUGGAGUACACCUUCAGAGUCUGUGCUGAGAACAAGUUUGGAGUCAGCAAGUCCAUUGAGUCUGCUGCUGUAGUCAUUGAGCAUCCAUUUGUUCCUCCAAGUCCUCCUACUCGUCCAGAUGUGGUAUCUAUAACUGCCAAUGCCAUCAGCAUCAAAUGGGACCUGCCUUAUGCUGAUGGUGGCAGUGCUGUGACUGGCUACUGGAUAGAGAAGAAGGAGAGGAACACCAUCCUGUGGGUGAGGGAGAACAAGCUGCCCUGCCUGGAGUGCCACUACAAGGUGUCCAACCUGAUCGAGGGGCUGGAGUACCAGUUCAGGGUUUACGCCAUGAACAUUGCCGGGCUCAGCAAGGCCAGCGAGGCCUCCAGACCGGUGGUGGCUCUCAACCCUGUUGAUGCUCCUGGUAAUCUGGAGGUGACAGAUAUCACUCGCUCAUCUGUGUCGCUGGCCUGGGGAGUGCCCCUCAACGAUGGAGGCAGUAAGAUUGUGGGUUACGUGGUGGAGAGGAAAGUCUACAGCACAGACGAAUGGGAUGACAACCGCUGGUUGAAGUGUAACUACACCACCAUCACCGACACCUGCUUCACCGUCACCAACCUGGGAGAGGGAGAGACCUUCGAGUAUCGCGUCAUCGCUAAGAACGCAGCGGGAGUCCACAGUGCACCCUCUGCCUCUACCGGACCAGUCACAUGCAAGGACGAAUACUCUCCUCCCAAAGCCGAGCUGGACAGCAAACUGGUUGGUGAGACUGUCACCAUCACCGCUGGGUCAGACCUGGUCCUGGAUGGCGCUGUCGGAGGAAAACCAGAACCCAAAGUGUUCUGGUCCAAGGGAGACAAGGUUCUGGAGCUGGGAGAGAAGUACUCCCUGACCUACACUGCCACCAGAGCCAUGGCCAUCAUCAAGAACUGUGACAGAUACGACACUGGCAGAUACAUCUUGACCGUCAAGAACGCCAGUGGAAUCAAGACCGCCGCUGUCAAUGUUAAAGUACUGGACACCCCCGGGGCUCCAGCUGAUAAGAUCGUGAUCAGCAGAGUGACGGAGGAGAAGUGCACCGUCUCCUGGAAGAUCCCCCUGGAGGACGGAGGCGACACUGUAACCCAUUAUAUCGUGGAACGCCGCGAGACCAGCCGCCUUAAUUGGGUUAUUGUGGAGGCUGAGUGCAAGACGCUGUCAUGCGUCAGCAGCCGAUUGAUCAAGAACAACGAGUACCUCUUCAGGGUCAGAGGAGUCAACAAGUAUGGACCUGGAGUUCCUCUGGAGUCAGAGCCCGUCAUCGCCAGGAAUGCCUACACCAUCCCAUCCCAGCCAGGAACCCCAGAGGCCACAGCUGUCGGUAAAGAGCACGUCAUCAUCGAGUGGCUGAAGCCUGAGAGUGACGGAGGCAGCGAGAUCCAAAACUACCUGGUGGAUAAACGAGAAAAGAGCAGCACCAGGUGGACUCGGGUGAAUAAGACCUACACCAUAUAUGACACCCGCCUGAAGAUCACCGGCCUGUUGGAGGGCAGCGACUACCAGUUCAGAGUGACAGCUGUCAACCGCGCAGGGUGCAGCCAGCCGAGUGACGCCACGCCUUACAUACUCUGCAAGGACCCCACAUACACCCCGGCUCCUCCCUCAGUGCCUCGCAUCACCGAUACGACUAAGCACAGCAUCAGCAUGACCUGGACCAGGCCCAUGUACGACGGCGGCUCAGAUGUUUCCGGUUAUGUGGUCGAGAUCCUGGAGGAAGGCUCUGAGCAGUGGUACCGCGCCACAACCAAGGCCCUCAAGACCAACGAAUAUGUGGCCGCUGGCCUGGCAGCCAAUAAGAAGUACAGGUUCAGAGUCGCUGCUGUGAACAGCAAUGGCACCGGCGAGUUCAGUGAACCCAGCGUGGAGACUGAGCCGAUGGAGAGAGUCGACAUGCCAGACCUGGAGCUUGCUGACGACCUGAAGAAGACAGUGUGUUUGCGUGCCGGAGGUACCCUCAGGCUGUUUGUCACCGUUACUGGCCGUCCAACACCAGUGGUGUCCUGGAGGAAGACCGGUGUGGAACUGCAGAGCCGCGGCUUCAUCGAGACCACCGACAGCUACACCUCUCUUGUGGUGGAGAAGAUUGACCGUUACGACUCUGGAAAGUAUACUGUCGAGGCAGAAAAUCCAUCUGGCAAGAAGACGGCCACCAUACUGGUUAAAGUCUAUGAUACUCCUGGACCCCCAGGUUCUGUCAAGGUGAAAGACUACACCAAGGAGUCCGUUGUCAUCACCUGGGACGUCCCAAGCAUUGAUGGAGGUGCUCAUGUCAGCAAUUACAUUGUGGAGAAGCGUGAAGCCAGCAUGAAGUCUUACAAGACCGUCACCACCGAGUGCAGGAAGACGCUGUUCAGAAUCACCGGCUUGGAGGAAGGAGUCCACUAUUUCUUCAGAGUCUUGCCAGAGAACAUCUAUGGUAUUGGUGAGCCCUGUGAGACCAGUGAGGCUGUGCUGGUGUGUGAAGUACCAUCGGUGCCUCUGAACCUCCAGGUUGUCGACGUCACCAAGUCAACAGUCAUCCUGUGCUGGGAGAAGCCGCUCCAUGACGGUGGCAGCAGGCUGACAGGCUACGUAAUUGAGGCCUGCAAGGCGGGAUCGGACAGAUGGAGUGCCGUGGCAACUGUCAAGUCCUCGGUGUUGCAGCACACUGUCCAGUCUCUGACAGAGAAUGACCAGUACUUGUUCAGGGUCAGAGCCACCAACAGCAGGGGAGCCAGUGAGCCCAUGGACAUGGUCACUCCUGUUACCAUCCAGGAUAUCAAAGUGAUGCCCAAGAUCGACAUGACCAGCAUCCCUCAGAAGAUUGUCCACGUGAACCGUGGCAAGCCCAUCGACCUCAACAUCCCCAUCAAGGGCCGUCCUCAGCCCGUCUGCUCCUGGUUCUUUGGAGGUGUCAAGAUGAAAGACAGCCUGGACCGAAUCAAGAUCGACAGCAACGGCAAAUACACCCACCUUGUUGUUCGCGAGACCACCAUCAACGACACUGGAGACUACACACUGGAGGUGAAGAGCGCCAUCGGCAUGGCCACUGAGGUCAUCAAGGUCAUCAUCCUUGACAAACCUGGUCCUCCAGUGGGUCCAGUGAGGAUUGAUGAGGUUGAUGGCGUGUCGGUCACAAUCAGCUGGGAGCCUCCAGAGAAGGAUGGCGGCGCUAAUGUCAGCGGCUACGUGGUGGAACAGCGUGAUGCCCACCGACCAGGCUGGAGCACUAUCUCUGAGUCUGUGACCAGGCCCUGCUUCAAGUUCACCAGGCUCACAGAGGGAACCGAGUACGUGUUCCGUGUCGCUGCCAUGAACCGCUUCGGGGUUGGUGGCUUCCUGCAGUCUGAGGUGGUGGAGUGCAAAAGCCCCAAGACUGUCCCUGGACCUCCUAGCAGGCCAGAGGUGCUUGAUGUCACCCAUGAGGGCAUGACCCUGACCUGGCACCCACCGGAGGACAAUGGCGGCUCCACCAUCGCCGGCUACAUCAUUGAGCGGAAGGAGGCCCGUUCAGACAGGUGGCUCAGAAUCAACAAGAACCCUGUUACCAUGACCAGAUACCGGUCCUCUGGGCUGAUCGAGGGCCUGGAGUAUGAAUACAGAAUCACUGCCAUCAACUCCAGAGGUGCUGGCAAACCCAGCGAGAACUCAGCUAUCACUGUGGCAAUGGAUCCCAUUGAGCCUCCAGGUGUUCCUAUCCAACCCAGAGUCAUUGACACCACCAGGACAUCAGUGUCUCUGGCCUGGCUACCGCCCGAAGAAGAGGGAGGCUCAGUGGUCACAGGCUACCUCAUCGAGAUGCAGAAGGUGGACCAAGUGGAAUGGACCAAGUGCAACACCACUCCUACCAAGAUCUGCGAGUAUACGCUCACCCACAUGCCCCAGGGAGCCGAGUACAAGUUCCGGGUCAUGGCAUGCAAUGCCGGAGGACCCGGAGAACCUGCUGAGAUUCCUGGGGUGGUUAAAGUCCAAGAGAUGCUUGAUUAUCCCGACUACGUGCUUGAUCGCAAAUACGAGGAGGGCUACGUGGUGCGGCAAGGAGGAGUCGUCUGUCUGUCUGUGCCCAUCAAGGGUAAACCUGUUCCCACAUGUAAGUGGACCAAGGACGGCCGCGACAUAUCUCACCGUGCCAUGAUCGCCACGCACGAUGACAUCACCGAGCUAAUCAUCAAGGAGGCCCACAAAGAUGACACUGGCACAUACGACCUGGUGCUGGAGAACAAAUGUGGCAAGAAGGCCGUUUACAUCAAGGUGAAGGUUAUUGGUCGUCCAGAUGUCCCAGAAGGUCCUCUGGAGUUUGACGACAUCCAAGCCCGGUCAGUCAGAGUCAGCUGGAGGCCACCCUCAGAUGACGGAGGUGCCGACAUCCUGGGAUACAUCGUGGAGAGACGGGAGGUCCCCAAGGCUGCCUGGUACACGGUGGAUGCCAGGGUUACCGAAACCUCUCUGGUGGUGAAGGGCCUGAAGGAGAACGUGGAGUACCAUUUCAGGGUCUUUGCUGAGAACCAGUUUGGUGUCAGCAGAUCCCUAAAGUCUGAUGAGUCGAUCACACCAAAGACACCGCUGUGCCCACCAGAGCCUCCCAGCAACCCACCAGAGAUCAUGGAUGUGACCAAGACCACGGUGUCUCUGUCCUGGGCACGACCCAGAGACGACGGAGGCUCCAGGGUUACAGGCUACUAUGUGGAGAGGAGGGAGGUGUCCACGGAGAAGUGGGUCCGCCACAACAAAACCCACAUCACCACCACCAUGUACAAUGUCUCUGGCCUCAUCCCCAAUGCAGAGUACAUCUUCAGAGUCGUGGCCCAGAAUGACAUCGGGCAGAGUGAGCCUGGUCCUGCAUCAGAACCUGUGGUCUGCAAAGAUCCAUUUGACAAACCCAGCCAACCUGGAGAGAUCGACAUCAUCUCUGUCACCAAAGACUGCAUCACCAUCCACUGGCUCAGGCCUGAGUUUGAUGGUGGCAAGGAGAUCCUGGGCUACUGGAUAGAAUUCAGACAAGCUGGAGAGAGCUCCUGGAAGAAGUGCAACAAGGAGCGCUCCAAGGACCGCCAAUUCACCAUGGGCGGCCUGAUGGAGGCCACCGAGUACGAGUUUAGAGUGUUUGCUGAGAACGAGACUGGACUCAGUCGGCCUCGCAGGACUCCAAUGGGCAUCAAGACCAAACUGAGCGUUGGCGAGGCUCCAGCACUGAAGGAAGAGAUCCAGGACGUGACCACCAAGCUUGGCGAGUCUGGCACUCUAAUCUGUGGCAUCAUCGGCAGACCUCUGCCUGAGAUCAGAUGGUACCGCUACGGCAAGGAGCUGAUCCAGAGCCGCAAAUACAAGAUGAGCUCUGAUGGCCGCAACCACUCCCUCAGCAUUCUGACCGAUGAGCAGGAAGACGAGGGCCUGUACACCUGCAGGGCCGUCAAUGAGGCUGGAGAGAUCGAGACCAGCGGUAAACUGCGUCUUCAGGCCGCACCUCAAUUCCACCCUGGCUUCCCUCUGAAGGAGAAGUACUACGCUGGUUCUGGAACUAGUCUCAGGCUCCAUGUUGUCUACAUUGGACGACCCAUCCCCCAGAUCAUGUGGUUCUAUGGCAAGAAGCCUCUGAAUGCAUCGGAGAACGUGAUCAUUGAGAACACAGAGAGCUACACUCACCUGGUGGUGAGGAAUGUACAGAGAAAGACCAACGCCGGUCGGUACAAGGUGCAGCUGAGCAAUGUCUUUGGCACCGUCGACACUGUCCUGCGUGUUGAAAUCCAAGAUAAGCCAUGCAUCCCAGAGGGCCCCAUUGUUGUUGAUGCGCUACUGAAGAACUCCAUCAUCAUUAGCUGGAAGGCUCCCAAGGAUGAUGGAGGCUCCAUGAUCACCAACUACAUUGUGGAGAAGCGUGAAGCCAAGGAGGGAGAGCAAUGGCACCUGGUGUCCUCUUCUGUCUCUGGCACCACCUGCCGUGUCCCCAACCUAAUAGAGAGCGCUGGCUACUACUUCAGAGUCUCCGCUCAGAACCAAUAUGGUGUCAGUGAGACUCUGGAGAUUCCCUCCGUUGUCAUCAUCAAGAGUCCAUAUGAAAAACCUGGCAUCCCCCAGCAGCCCUUCAUCACCAGCUUCACCAAAGACUCCUGUGUUGUACACUGGAAGCCUCCAAGCACCGACGGCGGAGCUAAAGUCACCAACUAUUACAUGGAGAAACGUGAGAAGAAGCAGAACAAAUGGAUGUCAGUGACUACUAAGAAGAUCACAGAGACCAACUACGAGGUCACGGGUCUGAUUGAAGGCUUUGAGUAUGAGUUCCGUGUGAAGUGUGAGAACAUCGGUGGUGAGAGUGACUGGAGCGAGAUCUCUGCACCGGUCAUCCCCAAGUCAGACCAGUCUCCUCGUCCUCCUUCAUUCAGAGAGGAGAUCAGGGACAUGAAUGUCAAAUACCACGCCAAUGCAACCUUCGUCACCAAGGUGGUGGGACAUCCCAAGCCUGUAGUGAAAUGGUACCGUGGUGGAAAGGAGAUCCUGGCAGAUGGAACCAAGAUCAAAGCCCAAGAGUUCAAGGGCGGCUACUACCAGCUGGUCAUCACUGCUGCUGACGAGACCGAUGCCUCUGUCUACCAAGUCAGAGCCACCAACUCUGAAGGAUCCAUUUCCACAACAGCCAACUUGGAGGUGGAAGUUCCAGCAAAGAUCCAUCUGCCCAUGGAACUCCAGGGAAUGGGAGCAGUCCAUGCUGUCUGUGGUCAAAUCAUCACCAUUAAGAUUCCAAUCACUGGCAAGCCUGAACCAGCUGUCACCUGGCAGAAGGGCCAGGAGAUUCUCUCCAAUUCUGCUUAUCACCAAGUCAUCACCACUAGGUCCUUCACCUCCCUGGUCUUCCAGAAGGGAGUGCAGAGAAAAGAUACUGGUUACUACAGCAUCACAGCUAAGAACAGGUUUGGAAUGGACAAGCAAACCAUUGAGGUGGAUGUGGCUGAUGUGCCUGAGGCCCCCAGCGGAAUCAAGGUCAGCGACAUUUCCCGGGACUCCAUCACUCUGACCUGGGAGCCCCCUGCCAGUGAUGGUGGAAGUCCCAUCAUUACCUACAUCGUGGAGAAGUGUCCCACUACUGCUGACAGGUGGAUCCGUGCUGGCCAGACCACUGAAUGCAGCUUUACUAUCAUCAAUGUGUUUGGAAAGACCAAGUACCAGUUCCGUGUCAUUGCUGAGAACCAGUUUGGACUGAGUGCUCCUUCCAAGCCAACUGAGCCCAUCACCACCAAGGAGGAUAAGUCCGUGAUUAGGAACUAUGAUGAAGAAGUGGAUGAAACCAGAGAGAUCACAAAGGAGGAGGCUCUCUUCUACAAGGUGAAGGAACUUUCUUCUAAAUAUGUCAUCUCUGAGGAGCUUGCACGCUGCCAGUUUGGAGUGGUCCACCGGUGUGUGGAGAUUGCCACUAAGAAGACCUUCAUGGCCAAAUUCAUCAAGGUCAAAGGCACUGACCGUGAGCUGGUUCUUAGGGAAAUUGAGGCCCUCAACUUGGCCAGACACAGGAACAUCAUCUACCUCCACGAAUACUUUGAGAGCAUGGAAGAAAUCAUUCUUAUCUUUGAGUUUAUAUCUGGAGUUGAUAUCUUUGAGCGUCUUGGCACUGCUAACUUUGAGCUCACAGAGCAGGAGAUUGUCCGCUACCUGAGACAAGUCUGCUCUGCACUCAAGUUCUUGCACAGCCACAACAUCGGACACUUUGACAUCCGCCCUGACAACAUUGUCUACACCACCAGGAGAAGCACAGAGCUGAAGAUCAUUGAAAUGGGACAGGCUAGGGUGCUGGUGCCUGGGGAAAACAUCAGAGUGAUGUUCUCAGCUCCAGAGUACUGUGCCCCUGAGGUCCACCAUCAUGAUUUGGUAACCACAGCCACUGAUAUGUGGUCUGUUGGUGUGAUGGCCUAUGUCCUGCUCAGUGGCAUCAAUCCCUUCGCUGCAGAGUCCACUACAAAGAUGAUUGAGAACAUCUCCAACUGUGAAUAUGUCUUUGACAGUGAGGCAUUCAGGGACACCAGCCUCGAAGCUAUGGACUUUGUGGACAGGCUUCUGGUAAAAGACAAGAAACUCCGUAUGACAGCCUAUGAAGCUCUGGAGCACCCAUGGCUGAAGAUGAAACUUGAGCAUGUCAGCACCAAGAUCAUUAAGACACUGAGACACAGAAGAUACUACCAGGCUCUAGUAAAGAAGACUGAGACUGUUGUCUCAGCAGCUCGCGUGGCCUAUGGUGGCGCCUUCAAGAACCAGAGAGGAUUGGCUGUGGGUAAGGUGAAGAUUGGAACGGAGUACCGUGGAAUGCGCGCUGGUCCCAUCAUGCAUGGCUCAGCUGAGGAAGGUGGACAUGUCAGAUUCACCUGCAGUAUCGCCACCUAUGACAAGAGCACGCAGGUGUCAUGGUACUUCGGUAAUCGUCAGCUACACCCAAGCCCCAAAUAUGAGAUUUCCUACAGUAAUGGCUUUGCUAGCAUCUAUGUGAAGGACAUUGAAGAGAGUGAUGAUGGUGUAUACCGAUGCAAGGUGGUGAGUGAUGAUGGAGAGGACAGUGCCUAUGCAGAGCUCUUUGUGGAGACAGUGAGGAGUAUCAGAGAGCACUUUGUUGCCCGCUCUAUCAAGAAACUGAGGAAGAAAGUUGACAAGACCAAAUUGUUGAAGAGGCCUCCAGAGUUCACUCUGCCUCUCUACAAUCGCACUGCUUACAUUGGCGAGGAUGUGCGCUUUGGUGUCACUAUCACUGUGCACCCUGAGCCUCACGUAGCAUGGCUGAAGAACGGACAGAGAAUCAGACCAGGAGACAACGACAGCAAAUACACCUUCAUUAGUGAUAAGGGUCUGUACCAGCUGAUAAUCCACAAUUUGGAUAUGGACGAUGAUGCUGAAUACACUGUCAUGGCCCACAACAAGUUUGGAGAAGACAGCUGUAAGGCCCGUCUCACUGUGACCCCUCAUCCUGUGGUGGAGGACACCAUGAGACCUAUGUUCAAGCGCCUACUAGCUAACAUUGAGUGUGUAGAGGGACAGAGUGUGCAUUUUGACAUCAGGGUGUCAGGAAUCCCCAUUCCAACUCUGAAAUGGGAAAAGGAUGGCAAGCCACUGCAAUUUGGUCCCAAGGUCACAGUUGUGCAACAGGAUAUUGACUACCAUGUCCUGCACAUCAGAGAGACUCUGCUUGACGACUCCGGUGUAUACAAAGUCACUGCAACAAACUCUGCUGGCUCUUCAAGCUGCCAGGCUACACUGAAAGUGGAUCGCCUUACCUACACCAGGAGAGAGUAUAAGAGUGAGGAGGAGAGAUCUAGAUACGUUCAGAAACAGAUUGACAAGACUAACAAGAUGGCCCAGCGCAUUGCUGCCACAGAGGAGAUGGUCCCUCUCAACCCCACUGCCCAGGAGGCUCUUAAAUUUGCUGCAGAGGUCUACAAGCCUGCAGUGAGCACGAAGAAUGUUGAGGGUGAGUUUGACAUCACAGAAGAGAAGUCAGAGACCAAGAAGUUGGAGGAGGAGAGGAGAAUCUUCAUGCCAUAUGAGAUCCCCGAGCCCGUGGCUCAUGACCCCAGAGCUCUGGAUGAGGACAAAACCAUCAAACAGUUUGUGCCUCUUUCUGAAAUGAAGUGGUACAGGAAGCUGAGAGACCAGUAUGAGAUUCCAGAAAGGAUGGAAAGGAUUGUGCAGAAGAGACAGAGACGCAUCCGUCUGUCUAGGUGGGAGCAGUUCUAUGUUAUGCCCCUCCCCAGAAUCACUGACCAGUACAGGCCAAGAUGGCGCAUUCCAAAACUCACUCUGGAUGACCUGGAGACAGUCAGACCUGCCCGCCGUUCACCCUCCCCUGAAUCAGAGAUCUCAUUCAGAUCCAGGAGAAGAUCACUUGGAGAUCUCAGCGAGGAGGAGCUGAUGAUGCCUGUGGAUGACUACCUGUCUAUGAAGAAAACAGAGGAGGAGAAAAUGAUGUUGGAGGAUGAGCUUGAGCUUGGCUUUUCAGCCUCUCCUGUUGGCAGCCCUGUCCGUUUUGAGCGACGUGCCAUGGAACAGGAAGAGAGGAGGCAGGUUGUCAGGCAGGAGGUCGUUGAGGCUGUUGAGACCAAGAAGAAACGUACUCUCUCUCAGUUUAUGAGGAGAAGAAGGUCUCUGUCUCCCACAUACAUAGAGCUGAUGCGUCCUGUCUCUGAGCUGAUCAGACCGGCACGUGCCCGUCCUCCUGUGGAGGUUGAAGAAGAGGCUGUGGAGAGGAGGUCCCCCACACCAGAGAGAACUCGUCCCCGCUCUCCUAGCCCCAUCAGAUCUGUUGAGAGGUCUUCCCGCUCUUCCUCAAGGUUUGAGAGGUCUGCCCGCUUUGACAUCAUGUCCCGCUAUGAGGCCAGGAAGGCUGCUCUGAAAUCAGAGAGGAAAUACCAGGUUGUUAGCCAGACACCAUUCAGCCUUGAUCAUGCUCCCCGUGUCACUGUAAGGAUGCGCUCUCACCGUGUGCCAACUGGCCAAGACACUAAAUUUACCCUGAAUGUCCAGGCCAAGCCUGAGGCUGAGAUCAACUGGUUCCACAAUGGAGCUCCAAUCUCUGAGAGCAGUGAGAAGUAUAUCUUCACUAACAUGAGUGGUGUUUUGUCCAUCACCAUCCUGAACUGCCAGGCAGAGGACAGUGGCACAUACCGUUGUGUCUGCUCCAACUCCAAGGGAGAAGCCUCUGACUAUGGCACUCUGGAUGUGUCUGGUGGGGAGUUCACCACAUAUUCAUCUCGCCGCAAGGAUGAGGAUGUUCCUAAACCAUAUGUUCCUGAAAUGACCCGAGUAGACCACUACCACAUCACCCACUUUAAGGCAGGCUAUGCCUCCCAGACCCACUUUGAAGUGGAGGAGAGCAAGACCAAGUUAACUGAAUCACGAGAGGUUGUUACACGUGAUAGAUAUGCAGCCUCUGCAGAGAGAUCUGAGGCUAAACUGAAGUCCUCUGCUGCUGCUGAGGAGGUUUCUGUCCAUAAGACAAAGCCUACUCUCCCAGCCAGAAUCCUCACCAAACCCCAUUCUGUGACAGUAGCAGAGGGAGAGUCAGCCCACUUCUCCUGUGAUAUCGACGGGGAGCCAGCACCCAGUGUGACAUGGAUGCAUGAGAGCAGAACGCUUGUGUCCUCUCACCGCAUUUCAAUCACAACCACUCAGUACAAAUCCAGCCUGGAGAUCUCCUCUGUCACAGCUUCAGAUGAAGGCAACUACUUGCUGGUGGUGGAAAACUCACACGGUCGACAGGAGGCUCACUUCACCCUGACCAUCCGCAGACCAGCUGCCAAAGAGGAGGUGAAGGCUCUCAAGUCUCCUGAGCCAUCUGUGAAAUCACCUGCUCCUAGAGUGAAGUCUCCAGAGCCUGCUGGAAUCAAAUCACCCAAAGGCAUCAAGUCGCCAGAACCAUCUGGAAUCAAGGUUGUGUCUCCACCCACUGUCAAAUCUCCAAUCCCCAAACCUCCCAAGGUCCUAAGCCAGCUGACUGCAGAGGCCUGCAAGGACACGGUGAAGAUGUCCUGUAUGUGUGAGAGCAGUGUGAGGGAGGUGGUGUGGUACGUCAGCGGGAGGAGGCUCUCCCAGAGCAGCCGCUUUGAGAUGCACUACUCCGAGGGCUCCUGCACCCUCCUGAUCCAUGACCUUUCAGACAGCGACCAGGGAGAGUACACCUGCGAGAUGACAGGAGAGGGAGGAGUCUCCAAAUCUUCCUUCUCUUUUACUGGACAGGUGUUCCAGUCUAUCCGUACAAGUAUCAAGGCCUACCGCGAACAGCAACUGGCAAUUAAAGGAUCUAUGGCGAUGAGCCACAAGGAGUCAUCGUCAAUGAUGAAGAAAGAAAUCCACAUGAUGGAGGAGACGUCCUCCUCCUUCUCCUCCACCCAGCAGGCCAUGAUGUCAUCCAUGAUGGAGUCCAGCUCCUUCAGCAGCAUGGCAGCAGAGAUGAAGUUUGAGACAAUGUCCAUGUCCAGCAUGUCCUCCAUGACAUCUGAGGCCUACGCCAUGAGCUCCAGCAGUCUCACAGAGAUGGCCUCUCAUAUGGAGGGAUCCUCAUUCAGAGCUAUCGGUUCUGCUCCCAGAAUCGAGGCCCUGCCAGAGGAUAUUAGUAUUGAGCCCGGCAAAGUACUGACAGUGGCCUGUGCCUUUUCCGGUGACGCUAAACACAUUGAGUGGUCACGUGGCGGCAGAGCCAUCGAGGUGACGGCUGGUGGCCGCUUCCACAUCGAGACCACAGAGGACCUCACCACCCUCAUCAUCACCGGCGUGAAGGAGGCAGAUGCUGGAACCUACACCCUCAAACUGUCCAACGAGCUGGGAUCUGAUACAGCAAUCGUUCACAUUAGCAUUCGAUCCAUGUAAAAAAAAAAAAAGAAAAGAAAAAAACAGCUCUUCUAAUCUCUAUAUUCCCCUUUUCCCUUCUUCCAUGCCUUUUUAUUUAUUAAUUGAGCAAGAUAAUCUUACUUGAUAAAGACCUGGAUUUCUGUUCUUGUAAAUAUGAACUAUUUUUAUACCAAACUUGACAUUAAUUUAUGCCAAACUAGACUAAAGUCUAAAGUUGUUAUAAAAUGUGCCAUAUUGGAUAAUUAUGACUUAGGAUUUUUGAUCCAUUUUUCUGUGACAUGUACAUAAUGUAUAUAGCCGAAUUUAACGGUUAUGGGAAAUGUAUGAAUUGUUAUUUAUGGCAAUAUUAACUGAAACAAAAUGAAACUGAAGGUUUAAAAGGAGAAAGUUUCACAUGAAACGAAUACCCUUUAAACUUAGAAACUAAACACUGUGCCUCAACGAUAAGUUGAAGUCUUAAGAUUGCCUCAACAGGUAGAGAGGCUCCCUGUUGAAGUUUACUAAAUCAGAGAGACAAUAUGAUGCACUGCAUGUGAGUAAAAGCAGUGCUACCACAGUACUCCUAUGAAUUGUAACAUGAGCGUAAGACCCUGAGUGCUGCUUGCAUUUACCCUCAUGUAAGCAGUACGACUGGGCCUUGUGCUCUGACUGACUAUGUCAUACCACCAUUUUAAUGACAUGCUCACAGUGCGAGCGGCCUGCACUCCCUGAGCAGAAGUUUUUUUGUUUUGUGCUCUGCUUCUGGCAAAUGACCGCUGGUUUUGGCUCUCAGACAUACCAUCACCUGGCCAUUAACAUUAGAGUCCGCCCUGUGCUUGUUUGCAGAGGCAGAGCCGUCUCUUGGAGGUCUGUAGUGUGUUUGUGUGUUAGCUUUAGAGACUCACCUGUCAGUCUGCAGGGCGCCGCCAAGCAGAUGUACCCCAGCCACGUCAACCUGCUGUGUUCAAGAAGGAGAAAGAGGCGUGUUAGAGCGGUUUAGCCCUGCACUUUGGUUUGAUUGAAAUUAGAAAUGUAGCGUUAACUAUUUUUGCAGCCUCCCUGAGUUUAAUGCAUUAUUGAUUUAAUAAAGCAUGAUUA